AUGGAUCACAAAAUGGAGCGAAGUCCUCCUACCAAUGGUAAAAUUGCGUGGCUAACUUUGGCUAGCUAACGAAUGAUAGCUAGCUUGUUAGUGUGACGUUUGUUUGCUUUAACGCAAAGUUUGUUUACCAUUCUCCAUUGUUAGGUAGCCAAUUAUCGUGACAUUGAUGGGCUAGCUAGUUAAGCUACUUCUUGUGAACAUUGGGCUAACAGUUAGCGCCAGUAUUGUCGUGGAAGAUGGCUAAUUGCGCAUAGGUGGGAGUGUCUGGUGUCGAACGAGAUUAGAAGAUGCAUAGCUAGCUAGCAAAUGAACACAACAACAUUAUUGUUUUCCCUUGCUUUCAGGGACAGACACCGCGGAAUGGGGUCUUAGAAAAGCUAAACUUGUCGUGGCCGUUGCCAUAAUAAAGAGUAAACCUCCCGGGAGAAGUGGUCGGAGGCACGCUGAACAUUUGGCCAACACGCUGAGUAGCCAGACUGAGGCCUGGAAGACCAAAGCCCAGAAGCUGCAGGAGGAAGUGCUCAGAAUGCGUCAAGAACUCCUUCUCACCCAGAUGCUCUCAAAGCCAAAGAACACCAGUGGAACAGAAGCUGGUGGUGGGUCUCAUUCAUCCUCUGCUGGUUUGUAGCUAGCUAACCCCCACUCCUUUAAAGUGUGACUAAUAGCAUAUACCCCAUGUUAGACAUUUCCUUUAUUAGGGCGGCAGGUAGCUUAGUGGUUAAGAGCGUUGUGCCAGUAACCGAAAGGUCGCAGUUCUAAUCCCCGAGCCGACUAGGUGAAAAAUCUGUCGAUGUGCCCUUGAGCAAGGCACUUAACCCUAAUUGCUCCUGUAAGUCCCUCUAGAUAAGAGCGUCUGCUAAAUGACACAUUUUUAUUUAAUAAUAAUUAGUCUCCUAUUGGUCAAUCACGUGAAUACAGUAUACUCAGUAGGCCCAUUGUACUUUAGGUCUGCUGGAUAGGCCCAUAGCAAUGCAUUUAGAAUUAGAUAUAUCUGUGGCUCUGGAUAGGGCUGCAGUUUUGUACUGUCACAGUAAAUAGCCUCCCAGUUUUAUUAUUUUGUUCAAUUGAUGAACAGCAGGAUUCAUGCUCAUUUAAAUGUAGCUCAUUUUCAGUUAGUAAAGGACUGCUCAGCAUGGAUGGUUAUUGGAUUACAAUGUCUACAUGAGGAGUGGAGCCUAGUUUUCAUACCCUAGUUAUCAGCCGGGUGUAUUAUUGAACUGAAGGCCAUUGUGGCCAAUGAGCAUCUCGCUCAUUAAUGAAGUUGAGCAUCAUGGACACACAAGGUUGCUUUGGAAACAAGGCCCGUUGAUGUGCAAAACACGUAAGAAUUAGACCUAUAUGAAAUUACACAAGGUGAUGGUGAAUUACUUAAAAGGCGAGAGAGACAUGAUUGAAUGGGGUUUAAUGACAAAGCUAAUUGUGUGAAAAUUAAGGAUGUUUUAGAUAUAGGGCCUAAUGCUUAAUUCAGUGACAUAAUGUAUAAUGAAGCUGACAAUGAGAUGUGCAUAGUGAUUAAGCGCAUGUCCUACUUGGUGCAACCUGCAGGAGAUGACUUCAAGGACCUUCUCUCUCAGGACCUCAUGGGGCCGGGCUUGGUGAAAGACCUGCUCAACUCAGACAUGGACUCCGGCUAUGGGAUGGAGAACAACACAGAGACACUUCUGCCCACUCAAGACUCUGCAGAACCCAGUGCCCAGCCAGCCUUCCCAACUGUCGACACCACACCCCCCCAGAUCCCAUUCUCUAGCCUGUGUGAGGCAGGCUCUCGGGGGAAGGCCAUGCUGCUCCACAUGCAGUUUCUCCAGAGCCUGUGUGGGCUGAACAGGUUGGAGGGGGAGGCAAUGAGUGUGGAGGCUGGAGGGUUUAGCCUGGACAAGGACAGGUCGGUGGUGGCAGACUCGGUGUGCCAGCUGCUGUCCUGUGUGGUGUCUGCUAGUAGGGAUGUCAGACUCCUGCCCCCACACUCACUGCUCCUGCAGGCGUGCCGGGUGGUGGCCCAGGCAGUGGAUCACUGGCUCUCCCACAGACAGCCCUCCCUGCUUUUUGUGACAGGCAUGGAAGAUUCCCUGAAACAGCUCACUGAUGUUCUAUUAUGCAACGGCCAGCUCAACAGGGUAAGAGAAUAUAAUGCAUAUCGUAGUCAAUUAAUGAUAAUGUUUUACAGUAUUAUAUUUGUGUAGGUGUUUAAAACAUACUUCCUUUAAUAGGUAACACCAGACAGUAAACCCUAAUUGUUUUUAUUCCAAAGCGAGAGGUUCUCAGUCCUAGUCUCACUUACAUUGUGGAUGAUCAUUGCAUGGCUAAAUGUAAUAUCAAGUUGACCUGAGAUUGAUGAGUUCAGUGGUUCUUAGUAUGCAGUCCAGAAUAAGUGCCAGUAUGUUUCAUUACCCUCAGAAAGAAAUUACAGUCAUCAAAGUGGCAUUGAAGUUUAUAGGUGAUCAUAUCACCAGCUGACUGGUUUUCUGAUCCACGCCCCUACCUUUUGUUUUUAAGGUAUCUGUGGCCAACAGAUGCAUAUGCGUAUUCCCAGUCAUGUGAAAUCCAUAGAUUAGGGCCUAAUUAAUUUAUUUCAAUUGACUGAUUUCCUUACAUGGACUGUAACUCAGUAAAAUCUUUGAAAUUGUUGCGUUUAUAUUUUUGUUCAGUGUAAAUUGAAGACAGACAAUUUUCUGUUUUAAUGCAACAGUAACAUUAAUAUAGACUGAUACUGAAGGAGGAAGGAAAGGAGAGCAUGGAGAAACUAGUGAGAUAAAAUGGAGAACGGCACCACAUCCACUGUUAGUUAUGACUAAUCAUGAGUUAUGACUGGCAGUACCAAUACUUAUUAGCUUCUGAGGGGACAGACAAUCACCUUAGUGUCAGCAGGCUUGAAUAAAGGCUGUCACAGUUGAGUUGUGGAGGGCGUGUUGUCCCUUUCCGAAUGAAGAUUAAUAGGUGGGAGGUUAUAUGUUGCUUUUAGGCCAAUUGUUAUCACAGAUCUAGCCACAAGUCACUUUGGAUUUCCUGAAAAACUGCUUGAAAGAUUCUUAACUGCUGCUAAAGCAUUAUGGUGAUUAUGUGGUACCAAAUAACUUCCAGUAAUUGGACCAUUGCUUUAGAGGCUCUGACAUGCUGAAUCAUAGUUGUUUUGGUUACCAUAUCAUAUGAAUGGCCAGCAGUUUGCAUGUUAAUCUCGGCAGGAACCCAGAAACAAGUCUGUGCUGGCCAACAGUCUGUCACCAGAGACUGUGUCAUAGCAUUUCCAUUAUCCCCAAAUAGGCUGUAAGUUGCCCGUAUAGGCUAGGUCAGGGAUGGGCACCUUUGAUGGGGUGGGGGCCACAAUAAAUCUGAACUCAUCAUGAGGGGCUGCAGUUGCGGUGCCAACACGACCCUCCCCCCAAGAUAAAAUGUGUACGUUUUAGAGUUCAUUUCAUGCAAUUCUACACAUUUUGCCAUGGGAUGGAGAGAAGAUUUUGGAAUUUGAUAACACAUUUCCUGCAAUUCUACACAUUUUGCCUUAGGGUGGAGAGAAAUAUAUAUAUAUUUAUAUAUAUAUUUUUUAGGGGGUAGAUCAGCUUUAAUAUUGCAGAUAGAUUGUAACUUCCAUCAAUGUAAUUGUCUGCAUCACUUCCAAUCCCCCAUAUGUAUUUUUUUUCUCGCAUAUAUAUAUAUACACUGCUCAAAAAAAUAAAGGGAACACUUAAACAACACAUCCUAGAUCUGAAUGAAUGAAAUAAUCUUAUUAAAUACUUUUUUCUUUACAUAGUUGAAUGUGCUGACAACAAAAUCACACAAAUUAUCAAUGGAAAUCAAAUGUAUCAACCCAUGGAGGUCUGGAUUUGGAGUCACCCUCAAAAUUAAAGUGGAAAACCACACUACAGGCUGAUCCAACUUUGAUGUAAUGUCCUUAAAACAAGUCAAAAUGAGGCUCAGUAGUGUGUGUGGCCUCCACGUGCCUGUAUGACCUCCCUACAACGCCUGGGCAUGCUCCUGAUGAGGUGGCGGAUGGUCUCCUGAGGGAUCUCCUCCCAGACCUGGACUAAAGCAUCCGCCAACUCCUGGACAGUCUGUGGUGCAACCACCAAACCAUCAGCCAGGAAGCAUAGGAACUGAGAAGUGGUCUGUGGUCACCACCUGCAGAACCACUUCUUUAUUGGGGGUGUCUUGCUAAUUGCCUAUAAUUUCCAGCUGUUGUCUAUUCCAUUUGCACAACAGCAUGUGAAAUUUGUCAAUCAGUGUUGCUUCCUAAGUGGACAGUUUGAUUUCACAGAAGUGUGAUUGACUUGGAGUUACAUUGUGUUGUUUAAGUGUUCCCUUUAUUUUUUUGAGCAGUGUGUGUAUUUAUAUAUAUAUAUAUAUAUAUAUAUAUACAUACAUACAUAUCCUUAAAAACAUAUAUAUUUCCCUUUAUUAUUUUCCAACCCCACCACCCCAUCCCUAAUUUGAGUAAACUAGUGAACAACAAUGCUUAGGCCUCUACUUCCAGCUUAUACAGUGGGGAGAACAAGUAUUUGAUACACUGGCGAUUUUGCAGGUUUUCCUACUUACAAAGCAUGUAGAGGUCUGUAAUUUUUAUCAUAGGUACACUUCAACUGUGAGAGACGGAAUCUAAAAUAAAAAUCCAGAAAAUCACAUUGUAUGACUUUUAAGUAAUUAAUUUGCAUUUUAUUGCAUGACAUAAGUAUUUGAUCACCUACCAACCAGUAAGAAUUCCGUCUCUCACAGACCUGUUAGUUUUUCUUUAAGAAGCCCUCCUGUUCUCCACUCAUUACCUAUAUUAACUGCACCUGUUUGAACUCGUUACCUGUAUAAAAGACACCUGUCCACACACUCAAUCAGACUCCAACCUCUCCACAAUGGCCAAGACCAGAGAGCUGUGUAAGGACAUCAGGGAUAAAAUUGUAGACCUGCACAAGGCUGGGAUGGGCUACAGGACAAUAGGCAAGCGGCUUGGUGAGAAGGCAACAACUGUUGGCGCAAUUAUUAGAAAAUGGAAGAAGUUCAAGAUGACGGUCAAUCACCCUCGGUCUGGGGCUCCAUGCAAGAUCUCACCUCGUGGGGCAUCAAUGAUCAUGAGGAAGGUGAGGGAUUAGCCCAGAACUACACAGCAGGACCUGGUCAAUGACCUGAAGAGAGCUGGGACCACAGUCUCAAAGAAAACCAUUAGUAACACACUACGCCGUCAUGGAUUAAAAUCCUGCAGCGCACGCAAGGUCCCCCUGCUCAAGCCAGCGCAUGUCCAGGUCCGUCGGAAGUUUGCCAAUGACCAUCUGGAUGAUCCAGAGGAGCAAUGGGAGAAGGUCAUGUGGUCUGAUGAGACAAAAAUAUAGCUUUUUGGUCUAAACUCCACUCGCCGUGUUUGGAGGAAGAAGAAGGAUGAGUACAACCCCAAGAACACCAUCCCAACCGUAAAGCAUGGAGGUGGAAACAUCAUUCUUUGGGGAUGCUUUUCUGCAAAGGGGACAGGACGACUGCACCGUAUUGAGGGGAGGAUGGAUGGGGCCAUGUAUCGCGAGAUCUUGGCCAACAACCUCCUUCCCUCAGUAAGAGCAUUGAAGAUGGGUCGUGGCUGGGUCUUCCAGCAUGACAACGACCCGAAACACACAGCCAGGGCAACUGAGUGGCUCCGUAAGAAGCAUCUCAAUGUCCUGGAGUGGCCUAGCCAGUCUCCAGACCUGAACCCUAUAGAAAUUCUUUGGAGGGAGCUGAAAGUCCAUAUUGCCCAGCGACAGCCCCGAAACCUGAAGGAUCUUGAGAAGGUCUGUAUGGAGGAGUGGGCCAAAAUCCCUGCUGCAGUGUGUGCAAUCCUGGUAUAUGAAAUACUUAUGUCAUGCAAUAAAAUGCAAAUUAAUUACUUAAUCAUACAAUGUGAAUUUCUGGAUUUUUGUUUUAGAUUCCGUCUCUCACAGUUGGAGUGUACCUAUGUUAAAAAUGACAGACCUCUACAUGCUUUGUAAGUAGGAAAACCUGCAAAAUCGGCAGUGUAUCAAAUACUUGUUCUCCCCACUGUACAUACUAUAAAUAUUUUAUGGACACAGUCAAUUUACUCCUGAACUUCCUCUACCUUGGAGAGAAAUGUUUGCAGUUUUUAAUAUGAUAUCUGAGCGAGAAUGUCAAAUAAAAUCAAUGGGGGCCCCCCGGGCGGUAAUUAGACUAUGAUUACUCUAAGUUUAGAUAAAUGGCCGCUAGACUAACUUAACAAUCUAAAAAUGUUAAUUGAGUGACUAUCAGUGACUGACAUAACAAGAGAAAAACUGCUGAUGCACAAACACAUUUUGAAAUUGCACCUUGUGUAUUCUAACUACAACAGUAAGUUAAGACUCCAACUGAGUAUAGAGAAGAAAAAAAACAGUUGUAUAAUUUUUUUUUGGUGGGGGGGGAGUGAUCCGAGGGUGUGCAAAAGGGGGGCGGCCCACGUGCCUCCAGUUGCCCAUCCCUGGGCUAGGUCAUUGUGAUGAGUGUAAAUAAUGUAUAGAAUUACUUCCAUUGGGAGCUCUCAUGUUUGAAAAAUGUCUGGCUAAAUUUCAGAUAGAUAUUUGCAAACGCUGAGUCCCAAAUGGCACCCUAUUCCCUUUAUAGUGCACUACUUUUGACCAGUGUCCAUGAUCAAAAGUAGUGCACUGUAUAGGAAAUAGAGUAGCAUUUGUGACACAUAAAACGCCUAGGUCUCUGCAUAUUUAGCAUGUCAUCAAGGUUACUGUUAUUUAGAGGGACAGUAGAUUGAUGACCAGUCAGUCAAGAGGGAAAACCUAUAAGCUAGAAGUCAGUUUAAUGUCAGUGAAGGAGGAACAGUCACAGCUGCUCUAGUCUGGAGAGUACAGAAUGUUUUUCCAAUCGUAAUACAGUGUGUACACAGCCACAUUGCCAGCACCUGCCACCUGCUGCCAGUAUUUGAGUGCAAUAGCCUAAAUCAUUGCAAUGGUUUCUGCAUCACAAGUAUUCACGGUACACAACACAGUUUAAGGCAGUCUGGGACAGUUUAUUCUCAAGUGCAAACUACUCAAAAAUGACCGUUGUUGAAGGGUUAGAGAAGUUAUGAUAUCAGAUUAAUUGACACCAAGGUUCCUUGUGUGUGUGUAUAUAUAUAUAUAUAUAUAUAUAUAUAUAUAUAUAUAUAUAUAUAUUAGUUCCUUAUGAAUAAAUCAGUCAAUUUGUCUCUGUUAAUCAAAUCAAAGUCUGAAAAAUAGGAUGAACAUUUACUGUAAAAUGUCUGCCAUUAUGCCAUGGCUAUUAAAAUCUCAUAUUCAUAAAAAGACAAGGGAGGAAAGCUAACUUUGAUCAAUUGGCUGUGUCAAACUAUCUCAGUUAUUAAAUGUUUUGGACUUGUCGGGUGCCCAUGUGCAUCAGCUAUAAGCCAACACGUUGGCGUGAAGUGGUGCAGCAUGGUUGUUAAGUCACUUAUAAUGAAAACAGGACAAACAAGUGCCCACAGGGAACCAAUUUUAGGAGGCUCUAAAACUCUCUCCAAGCGGGUGCAAUGCCAUUAUGAAGACGAUCCUUUGGUCCAAUAAUGUCUGGUGUAAAAUACGACAAUAAGAAAGUCCGAACUAAAGUGGCUUGUUCGGAGGAGAGCACCAUACAAUAACACUGUAACGCUCUUUUCACAUGGCCAUUUACAGGGCAGUGAAUGAUCCGGAUCAGGACGAUCCUGCAGCACUCUGUGCCUCUUGUGUGUAUGAAUCACAGACUGCUGAAAUUGGGCUGUAGCUUUGGGACAGGAGGGCAAGAUGCAGUGUCCUCUACUGCUGUGACAGGGACUAAGCUCCUCAGCCCUGUUCUGUCUGGAGGACUGUGGAAUCUGCAGCAGAAUGACAGAGGUUACAUGUUUGUCUUUGCCCUAGCACUACACCGCUGAUUCAAACGAUUAACUCCUCAUCAAGCUUUGAUGAUUUGAAUCAGGUUUGUAGUGCUAAGGCAAAAACAGAAAUGUGCACCCCUUUGGGUCCACAAUACCAGGAUGAAGAAUCACUGCUAUAGGGAAUAUGGUGCAAUUAUUGUAACCUCUGUCAUUCUGCUGCUGAUUCCACAGUCCUACAGACAGAAAAGGGCUAAGGAGCUCAAUCACUAUGGUAUUUUUUAUUGGUAAAUGUACAAACAGAUAUUAUGAUAAAUAGAUUUGAAACUUGUAUCUCAUUAUGGUAAGUGGUGAUAAGUAUAAGUAUAGUCAGAUAAUUGUAAUGGCUUAGCAGAUAAUAACAAAAGAAGAACAAUAUUUACAUGGCUCAAAGAGAAGGAAUAUAAUAUCUAUUGUUUACAGGAAACUCAUUCAACAAUUCUAGAUGAAGUUAUGUGGAAAAAGGACUGGUGGGGGGCGAAAUAUACUUCUCCCAUGGGCAAAGAAACUCAAAAGGGGUGAUGAUAUUAAUUAACAGUAAUUUCGAUCCGAAUGUGCAAAUUGUCCAAACAGAUCCGCAAGGUAGAUGGAUGAUUUUAAAUAUGUUAUUGGACCAUAAACAACAGAUAUGGCUCGUUAACCUUUACGGACCAAAUAAUGAUGAUCCACACUUCUUUGACAAUAUAUAUAAUACAUUAUCAACUCUGCAAGCAAUACAAGAGUCUAUUAUUAUAGUGGGAGAUUAUAAUACUGUUUUAAAUAGCUCAAUGGACCGUAAAGGAAAUCACACUACAAACUAUCACCCUCAUGCUCUUAAGGAAAUCAUUAAUGUAAUAGAUACAUUAGAACUAGUAGAUAUAUGGAGGCUUAAAUAUCCUGACCUAGUGAGAUAUACAUGGCGGAGACUCAUUCAAGCUUGUCGUAUUGACUUCUUUCUUAUGUCAUUCUCGUUGGCACCAAAAGUUUAAAAAGUGUUGAUAGGGGACAGAAUGCGGUCGGACCAUCAUAUAAUUGGCAUAUACAUUACUCUUACUGAAUUUCCACGUGGGCGAGGACAUUGGAAAAUUAAUCAAAGCCUAUUGGAUGAUAACUUGUUUUUAACUAGGACAGAGGAAUUUAUAACAUUUUCUUCCGACAUAACAUAGGUACAGCAAAUCCCCUUAUUGUAUGGGACACCUUUAAAUGUGCCUUUAGAGGCCAUGCAAUUCAGUACUCAUCUCGAAAACAAAAGCAAUUUAGGUCAAAAGAGUUCAUACUAACAAAGGAAAUAGAAAGUCUAACAGAACCGAUAGAUAGCAAUAAAAACUGUAACAUAGAGGCUCAGAAUAAAUUAGAGGAAAAAAAAGAAAUGGAGAAACUUAUUCAAGAAAGAUCAAGUGUAAUAUAUUAUAAAAAUAAAGCAAACUGCAAACAGACUGGAUGGAAAAUGGGGAAAAAUGCACCAUUUUUUUUUUUUUUUUUUAAAUCUUUAACAUAGAAAUGCUACCUAAAAUAAUUUACUGAAACUGGUUACAAAUGACGGAGUCACCCAUGAUUCACCAAAUUAUAUUUUGAAGGAGGAAGCAAAGUACUUUAAGCAUAUGUUUUCGUUUCAGUCGCUUCCAUCUCCUCUAACUGAAGCUAAUUGUAGGGAUUUUUUUCUAUUGAUAAUGUAAAAUUAACAGCCAUACAGAAAGACUCAUGUGAAGGUGAAAUUAGAGGAGGAACUUCUGGAUGAAAUUAAAGACUAAGUCCGGGAAAACUCCAGGGUUGGAUGGCAUACCAGUCGAGGUAUACCAAACCUUUUUUGAUAUACUCAGAGGACUGUUAUUAGCAUGUUUUAACCACUCCUAUGUAAAUGGUAGAUUAUCCGACACUCAAGAAGGUCUGAUUUCAUUAUUACUGAAACAGGAUACAAGUGGGAAAUUUAAAGAUCCAGUCCAUAAAAAAAUUGGAGGCCCCUUACACUUCAGUGUUGUGAUGCAAAAAUUAUAGCAAAAUGUAUAGCGCAUAGAAUUAAAAAGGUAUUGUCAGACAUUAUUCAUUCUAAUCAGACAGGUUUUUUACAUGGACGAUAUAUUGGAGAUAAUAUAAGGCAAGUACUGGAAGCAAUAGAACACUAUGAAAAAUCAGGGAAACCAGGCCUGCUAUUCAUAGCAAACUUUGAAAAGGCAUUUGAUAAAGUACGACUGGAGUUUAUAUAUAAAUGCCUGGAGCAUUUACAUUUUGGAGAAUCUCUUAUAAAAUGAGUUAAAAUCAUGUAUAGUAACCCUAGGUGUAAAAUAGUAAUAAUGGCUAUUUCUCAGAAAGUUUUAAACUAAAGAGGAGUAAAACAAGAUCGUCCACUAUCGGCAUAUCUAUUUAUUAUGGCCAUCGAAAUGUUAGCUAUUAAAAUCAGAACCAACAAUAAUAUCAAGGGAUUAGAAAUCCAGGGUUUAAAAACAAAGGUGUCAUUGUACGCUGAUGAUUCAUGUUUUCUUUUAAAUCCACAACUUGAAUCCCUCCACAGCCUCAUAGAGGAUCUAAAUACAUUUUCUAACCUCUCUGGAUUACAACCGAAUUGUGAUAAAUGUACUAUAUUACGUAUUGGAACACUAAAAAAUACAAUUUUUACAUUACCAUGUAGUUUACCAAUAAAAUGGUCUGAUGGUGAUGUGGAUAUACUCAAAAUACAUAUCCCAAAUGAAAUAAAUGAUCUCACUCCAAUACAUUUUAAUAGAAAGUUAGCAAAAAUAGAAAAGAUCUUGCUACCGUGGAAAGGUAAAUACCUGUCUAUUUGUGGCGAAAUCACCCUGAUUAACUCUUUAGUAUUAUCCCAGUUUACCUAUUUGUUUAUGGUCUUGCCUACGCCUAGCGUACAGUUUUUUAAAUUAUAUGAGAAAAUAUAAUAUUCAAUUUUAUUUGGAACGGCAAGCCAGACGAAAUUAAACGGGCCUAUUUAUAUAAUGAAUUUGGAGGACAGAAAUGAUUAAAUAUUAAAGCAUUAGACCUAUCACAUUAAAAAAAAAAAAAAAAAAACAUUUUAGUCAUUUAGCAGACGCUCUUAUCCAGAGCGACUUACAGUUAGUGAGUGCAUACUUGUUUCUUUUUUUUUUCAUACUGGCCCCCCGUGGGAAUCGAACCCACAACCCUGGUGUUACAAACACCAUGCUCUACCAACUGAGCUACAUCCCUGCCGGCCAUUCCCUCCCCUACCCUGGACGACGCUGGGCCAAUUGUGCGCCGCCCCAUGGGUCUCCCGGUCGCGGCCGGCUACGACAGAGCCUGGAUAUCACUAAAAACUUCAGUCAUACAAAAGUUAUACUUAAAUCCGAACUGGUUCUCUAGCAAAUUAGAAAGAUUGUCUCACCCCAUGUUCAAGAAAGGCCUUUUUCCCUUUAUUCAGAUUACAACCUCUCACUUUCAGUUAUUUGAAAAGGAAAUAAUCUCCCAAAUAUCACUAUUUCUAAAACAAGCCAUAUAAAGUUGGUUGCAAUUUCAAUUGAAUCCUCCAGAAACGAAAGAACAAACAAUGCAACAUAUAUUGUGGUUAAACUCCAAUAUACUAAUUGAUUUUUAAAAAAGCAUUAUUUUUUUAUUAAAAUAAAAAUGGUAUUAUCUUCGUAAAUGAUAUCAUUGGUAGGUCUGGUGGAGUUAUGUCACACAUGCAGCUAACAAAAACAUGUGGAAAUGUCUGCUCUACCCAAAAUUACAUCCAAAUAAUUGCAGCAUUACCACAAAAAUGGAAGAGGAAAGUGGAAGGGGGAAAAAGUAAGGAACUUGUCUGUCGGCCCUGCAUGAAACAUAAUUGGUUAAAGAAAAUUGUGAUAAAUAAAAAAGUAUGCCAGUUAUAUUUAAGGACCAAAGGAUUGACAGCCGUUCCAUAAAUUGCAAAAUAGUUGUGAAGAGAUUUUUGACGUACCGAUUCCAUGGCAUACUUUUUAUGAACUGAUCCGCAAAACGACGGCGGAUUCAAAACUUAGAAUUUUUCAAUUUAAAUUAUUAUAUACAAUUCUUGCUACCAAUAGAAUGUUAUUUAUAUGGGGGAUACAAUAUUCCCAGCUCUGCAGAUUUUGCUGCGAAGAGACAGAAUCAUUAGAUCAUUUGUUUUGGUACUGUCCAUUUGUAGCUUGUUUUUGGUCACAGGUCCAGGAAUGGCUGAAGGAUUACAAUAUUUACCUGGAGCUAACCCUGCAGAUAGCACUACUGGGUGAUCUGAAAAGUCAUAGUCAACCAAUCAAUAAUAUAAUAAUACUUUUAGCAAAAAAAAAUAUUUUCAAUUUACAAUCUGUAGAAACAAUGAGAAUAGAAGGUUUCAGAACAUUUGUGAAACAUCACAGUACAGUUGAAAAAUAUAUGGCAAAUAGAAAUCCAAUAUGGAUGGUGUUAAGAGAUAGAUGGGAGGUGUUGAAUGGAGCUGAAGGAUGGUACUAAUGACAACUAACAACAACUAACAACAACAACAGGAUAACUAAUGUAAAGCAUAUUGUGUCCAUAAUAAGUAUAUGGGUUAUAGGUUGAGAGCUUUUGUGAGAGAGCACAGUUAGAAAGGUAUGGCAUAUAGAACGAAACCGGAUGGACAUCAUGAAAAUGAUCGGAGAGGUUGACGGUAGAGGAAGUUCAGGAGUAAAAACAAACAAAAUAUAAUUAUUGUAAAAUUGACUGUGUCCAUAAAAUGUAUAUAGUAUGUAUAAGCUGGAAGUAGAGGCCUAAGCGUUGUUGUUCACUAGUUUACUCCAAUUAGGGAAGGGGUCGUGGGGUUGGAAAGUAAUGAAGGGAAAUAUAUAUUUUUUAAAGGAUGUGUGUGUGUGUGUGUGUGUGUGUGUGUGUGUGUGUGUAUGUAUAUGUAUUUAUGUGUGUGUGUACAGUGAGUGGAAAAAAGUAUUUGAUCCCCUGCUGAUUUUGUACAUUUGCCCACUGACAAAGACAUGAUCAGUCUAUAAUUUUAAUGGUAGGUUUAUUUGAACAGUGAGAGACAGAAUAACAACAAAAAAAUCCAGAAAAACGCAUGUCAGAAAUAUUAUAAAUUGAUUUGCAUUUUAAUGAGGGAAAUAAGUAUUUGACCCCUCUGCAAAACAUGACUUAGUACUUGGUGGCAAAACCCUUGUUGGCAAUCACAGAGGUCAGACGUUUCUUGUAGUUGGCCACCAGGUUUGCACACAUCUCAGGAGGGAUUUUGUUCCACUCCUCUUUGCAGAUCUUCUCCAAGUCAUUAAGGUUUUGAGGCUGACGUUUGGCAACUCGAACCUUCAGCUCCCUCCACAGAUUUUCUAUGGGAUUGAGGUCUGGAGACUGCCUAGGCCACUGCAGGACCUUAAUGUGCUACUUCUUGAGCCACUCCUUUGUUGCCUUGGCCGUGUGUUUUGGGUCAUUGUCAUGCUGGAAUACCCAUCCACAACCCAUCCACAGCUGCCUUGAGAUCAUUGACAAGAUCCUCCUGUGUAGUUCUGGGCUGAUUCCUCACCGUUCUCAUGAUCAUUGCAACUCCACGAGGUGAGAUCUUGCAUGGAGCCCCAGGCCGAUGGAGAAUUACAGUUAAUUUGUGUUUCUUCCAUUUGCGAAUAAUCGCACCAACUGUUGUCACCUUCUCACCAAGCUGCUUGGCGAUGGUCUUGUAGCCCAUUCCAGCCUUGUGUAGGUCUACAAUCUUGUCCCUAACAUCCUUGGAGAGCUCUUUGGUCUUGGCCAUGGUGGAGAGUUUGGAAUCUGAUUUAUUGAUUGCGUCUGUGGACAGGGGUCUUUUAUACAGGUAACAAACUGAGAUUAGGAGCACUCCCUUUAAGAGUGUGCUCCUAAUCUCAGCUCGUUACCUGUAUAAAAGACACCUGGGAGCCAGAAAUCUUUCUGAUUGAGAGGGGGUCAAAUACUUAUUUCCCUCAUUAAAAUGCAAAUCAAAUUAUAACAUUUUAGACAUGCUUUAUUCUGGAUUUUUUUGUUAUUCUGUCUCUCACUGUUCAAAUAAACCUACCAUUAAAAUGAUAGACUGAUCAUUUCUUUGUCAGUGGGCAAACGUACAAAAUCAGCAGGGGAUCAAAUACUUUUUUCCCUCACUGUAUAUAUAUAGAAAUAUAUAUAUAUAUAUAUAUAUAUAUAUAUAUAUAUAUAUAUAUAUAUAUAUAUAUAUAUAUAUAUAUAUAUACACACACACACACACACACACAGUGGGGAAAAAAAGUAUUUAGUCAGCCACCAAUUGUGCAAGUUCUCCCACUUAAAAAGAUGAGAGGCCUGUAAGUUUCAUCAUAGGUACACGUAAACUAUGACAGACCAAAUGAGGGAAAAAAAUCCAGAAAAUCACAUUGUAGGAUUUUUUAUGAAUUUAUUUGCAAAUUAUGGUGGAAAAUAAGUAUUUGGUCAAUAACAAAAGUUUCUCAAUACUUUGUUAUAUACCCUUUGUUGGCAAUGACACAGGUCAAACGUUUUCUGUAAGUCUUCACAAGGUUUUCACACACUGUUGCUGGUAUUUUGGCCCAUUCCUCCAUGCAGAUCUCCUCUAGAGCAGUGAUGUUUUCAAAUCAAAUCAAAUUUUAUUGGUCACAUGCGCCGAAAACAACAGGUGCAGACAUUACAGUGAAAUGCUUACUUACAGCCCUUAACCAACAGUGCAUUUAUUUUUAACAAAAAAAAGUAAAAAUAAAACUACAACAAAAAAAAGUGUUGAGAAAAAAAAGAGCAGAAGUAAAAUAAAGUGACAGUAGGGAGGCUAUAUAUACAGGGGGGUACCGUUGCAGAGUCAAUGUGCGGGGGCACCGGCUAGUUGAGGUAAUAUGUACAUGUGAGGUAAUAUGUACAUGUGGGUAGAGUUAAAGUGACUAUAAAUAAUUAACAGAGUAGCAGCAGCGUAAAAAGGAUGGGGUGGGGGGGCAGUGCAAAUAGUCCGGGUAGCCAUGAUUAGCUGUUCAGGAGUCUUAUGGCUUGGGGGUAGAAGCUGUUGAGAAGUCUUUUGGACCUAGACUUGGCACUCCGGUACCGCUUGCCGUGCGGUAGCAGAGAAAACAGUCUAUGACUAGGGUGGCUGGAGUCUUUGACAAUUUUGAGGGCCUUCCUCUGACACCGCCUGGUAUAGAGGUCCUGGAUGGCAGGAAGCUUGGCCCCAGUGAUGUACUGGGCCGUACGCACUACCCUCUGUAGUGCCUUGCGGUCGGAGGCCAAGCAGUCGCCAUACCAGGCGGUGAUGCAACCAGUCAGGAUGCUCUCGAUGGUGCAGCUGUAGAACCUUUUGAGGAUCUGAGGACCCAUGCCAAAUCUUUUCAGUCUCCUGAGGGGGAAUAGGCUUUGUCGUGCCCUCUUCACGACUGUCUUGGUGUGUUUGGACCAUGAUAGUUCGUUGGUGAUGUGGACACCAAGGAACUUGAAGCUCUCAACCUGUUCCACUACAGCCCCGUCGAUGAGAAUGGGGGUGUGCUCAGUCCUCUUUUUUUUUCCUGUAGUCCACAAUCAUCUCCUUUGUCUUGGUCACGUUGAGGGAGAGGUUGUUGUCCUGGCACCACACGGCCAGGUCUCUGACCUCCUCCCUAUAGGCUGUCUCAUCGUUGUCGGUGAUCAGGCCUACCACUGUUGUGUCGUCGGCAAACUUAAUGAUUGUGUUGGAGUCGUGCCUGGCCAUGCAGUCAUGGGUGAACAGGGAGUACAGGAGGGGACUGAGCACGCACCCCUGAGGGGCCCCCGUGUUGAGGAUCAGUGUGGCAGAUGUGUUGUUACCUACCCUUACCACCUGGGGGCGGCCCGUCAGGAAGUCCAGGAUCCAGUUGCAGAGGGAGGUGUUAAGUCCCAGGAUCCCUAGCUUAGUGAUGAGCUUAGAGGGCACUAUGGUGUUGAAUGCUGAGCUGUAGUCAAUGAAUAGCAUUCUCACGUAGGUGUUCCUCUUUUCCAGGUGGGAAAGGGCAGUGUGGAGUGCAAUAGAGAUUGCAUCAUCUGUGGAUCUGUUGGGGCGGUAUGCAAAUUGGAGUGGGUCUAGGGUUUCUGGGAUAAUGCUGUUGAUGUGAGCCAUGACCAGCCUUUCAAAGCACUUCAUGGCUACAGACGUCAGUGCUACGGGUCGGUAGUCAUUUAGGCAGGUUAUCUUAGUGUCCUUGGGCACGGGGACUAUGGUGGUCUGCUUGAAACAUGUUGGUAUUACAGACUCAGUCAGGGACAUGUUGAAAAUGUCAGUGAAGACACUUGCCAGUUGGUCAGCACAUGCUCGGAGUACACGUCCUGGUAAUCCGUCUGGCCCUGCGGCCUUGUGAAUGUUGACCUGCUUAAAAGUCUUACUCACAUCGGCUACGGAGAGCGUGAUCACAUAGUCAUCCGGAACAGCUGGUGCUCUCAUGCAUGCUUCAGUGUUGCUUGCCUCGAAGCGAGCAUAGAAGUGGUUUAGCUCGUCUGGUAGGCUUGUGUCACUGGGCAGCUCGCGGCUGUGCUUCCCUUUGUAGUCUGUAAUAGUUUUCAAGCCCUGCCACAUCCGACGAGCGUCAGAGCCAGUGUAGUACGAUUCAAUCUUAGUCCUGUAUUGACUCUUUGCCUGUUUGAUGGUUCGUCGGAGGUCAUAGCGGGAUUUCUUAUAAGCGUCCGGGUUAGAGUCCCGUUCCUUGGAAGCGGCAGCUCUACCCUUUAGCUCAGCAACACGGACUUUCAACUCCCUCCAAAGAUGUUCUAUGGGGUUGAGAUCUGGAGACUGGCUAGGCCACUCCAGGACCUUGAAAUGCUUCUUACGAAGCCACUCCUUCGUUGCCCGGGCGGUGUGUUUGGGAUCAUUGUCAUGCUGAAAGACCCAGCCACGUUUCAUCUUCAAUGCCCUUGCUGAUGGAAGGAGGUUUUCACUCAAUCUCACGAUACAUGGCCCCAUUCAUUCUUUCCUUUACACGGAUCAGUCGUCCUGGUCCCUUUGCAGAAAAACAGCCCCAAAGCAUGAUGUUUCCACCCCCAUGCUUCACAGUAGGUAUGGUGUUCUUUGGAUGCAACUCAGCAUUCUUUGUCCUCCAAACACGACGAGUUGAUUUUUUUAACCAAAAAGUUAUAUUUUGGUUUCAUCUGACCAUAUGACAUUCUCCCAAUCCUCUUCUGGAUCAUCCAAAUGCACUCUAACAAACUUCAGACGGGCCUGGACAUGUACUGGCUUAAGCAGGGGGACACGUCUGGCACUGCAGGAUUUGAGUCCCUGGCGGCGUAGUGUGUUACUGAUGGUAGGCUUUGUUACUUUGGUCCCAGCUCUCUGCAGGUCAUUCACUAGGUCCCCCUGUGUGUUUCUGGGAUUUUUGCUCACUGUUCUUGUGAUCAUUUUGACCCCACGGGGUGAGAUCUUGCGUGGAGCCCCAGAUCGAGGGAGAUUAUCAGUGGGCUUGUAUGUCUUCCAUUUCCUGCUUACCUAUUGCAGAUUCAGUCUUCCCAGCCUGGUGCAGGUCUACAAUUUUGUUUCUGGUGUCCUUUGACAGCUCUUUGGUCUUGGCCAUAGUGGAGUUUGGAGUGUGACUGUUUGAGGUUGUGGACAGGUGUCUUUUAUACUGAUAACAAGUUCAAACAGGUGCCAUUAAUACAGGUAACGAGUGGAGGACAGAGGAGCCUCUUAAGAAGUUACAGGUCUGUGAGAGCCAGAAAUCUUGCUUGUUUGUACGUGACCAAAUACUUAUUUUCCACCAUAAUUUGCAAAUAAAUUCAUUAAAAAUCCUACAAUAUGAUUUUCUGGAUUUUUUUUUCUCAAUUUGUCUGUCAUAGUUGACGUGUACCUAUGGUGAAAAUUACAGGUCUCUCAUCUUUUUAAGUGGGAGAACUUGCACAAUUGGUGGCUGACUAAAUACUUUUUUCCCCACUGUAUACACACACACACACAAAUACAUACAUAUACAUAUAUAUAUAUAUAUAUAUACACACACAUAUAUAUCCUGCGAGAAGAAAAAAAACAUUUGGGGGAUUGGAAGUGAUGCAGACAAUUACAUUGGAAGUUACAAUCUAUCUGCAAUAUUAAAGCUUAUUUUUUUUAUAUAUUUUUUUUAUAAUUAAACACUGCUAUAGGGAAUACAGUGCCAUUUGGGAUGAAGCUUCUGUCAUUCUGUUGCUGAUUCCCCAGGACCAGGAUUAAGAACAACUGCCCGAUAGAAUGCACUACUUUUGACCCGGGUCCAGAGGCUGCCAUUUGGGAUUCAGACAUCCUUGAUUGUGUUUGUAAAGAAAAACAGUUCUAUUCACCUCAUGACUGACUAAUACUGUCGGUGAAUUGUCAUUAGCCAGGUAAUUUUUACACUCGGCUGCCUGUAUCAAACAGUCAAACUUUGGGUCAUUUCCAUGCAAAUGAAGGCUGCUUACUGCUCAGAAGGCUGAUCCCUCACACAGCUUGACUGACUGAGGAAGUAUAAUGGCUUAGUCACGGCUUAUAGUUUUGUUGCUGCACCGUUACGAUGUAAACGUCUUCCUUGAUGUCACUGGGCACAGAUGGAGGGUGCCUGAUAGUGCUGACCCAGGCUGUUAUGGGCCAUUCUAGUGGCCACAUAGCAACGAUGUCAGGGUAGGCUGUAGGCCAUUUCAGCAGGAGGAGUAUCUCUGCUGCGGAGUAUUCUUUUUUUGGAGAUGGAGCCAUCUGAGAUAUUUAAAUUAUUUCCAGCUCCAUCCUGUGAUUAGCGUAAUAGGGGGCUGUCUCCUCUGUUUCGGGAUGAUGCUACUGGAGCUUGUUGAUGUCAUUUGCAGUUGUGGAAAUAGCAGGAUCCAUCAGUGAUGAGACUCUUUAUUUUUACCUCUCAUUUAAUUCAAGUUGAUUAAUUUCAAUUAAAAACCCCAGAAAUUACACCAGAUCCCAUCCUAUUGCUGGCUCGAGCUGUGUUAGUUCGUUCGGCUGAUUUAACUAAAUGUGGGUGCAAAUAUGUUUUCCUAUUUCACACAUGUGCAAGUAUGUUAAUGUAUUUAUGUUAUGAAUUGGUGGUUUUGUUUAUAACAACUAACAAAAGCAGGAAUGGUUAUCAGCAUCCUCAAGGAGGAAAUCCUUAAUUGAAAAAUAUGUUGUAUUUUUAUUCCUGUUCUAAACUGUGCUUCUUUAGCCCUCCUGGGAAUCUGCCUGCAAUUUUCUAUUAGGCCUAAAUCUUGACAUCAAAUGCACGCUUCCUUCCCUAGCCAUGUGAAAAGAGAGAAACUGUUACCAUCAAGAUGAUGAUGAAAUACGCUAUAGAGGCCUCUCUCAAUAGCUGACAUACUGUGAAAUAAUUUGGGCUGGGUAUUUCAUCUGGAGACGUGAAAUAGGUAGGCGAUAUCGUUUACACCGACUGCAGCCCUCAACCUUGGUGAUGGUGGUGAUGCCACAGAAGACAGAACUAGAUUGAGAUUCUAUUUCUAUGGGUAAUGCUGGGGCUCUUAUGUCUGAAUCUAUUCCUGGCCCUGUCUGUCUGUAAUGGCUUCACAGCUGUCUAGGGGCCAGUCUACUCUAGUCAUGAAGGUGAAGCGCCUAGAUGAAAUGUAAUAUCUUGACUCCCCAGAGGCACCAGUCAAAUGUCACUCUCAAAAGGCUUAAAGACUAUAAGGUGAUAUUAUUUCAUGACAUUAUUUUAUUUCAACUGAGAAUAGCACAAAGUUUAGUUUUCUGUCUGGUCACAUACUAGUCUCACUUAUUAUCAUGGCUCCCUUUUCUCUCAGGGUGCUAAGUUAUGACCUGUCUCAUGUGAAGGCCUACAAUUUGUCCAGCUUAUUCUCUUGCCAAUAUCGAAAAACCUUCAUGUAUCAUAGUGUUUACAGUAGCCCAUUGUAUAGCAUAAGCCUGCAUACUGUGCAGAGUUGAUAUUAUAGUACCACCGUUCUCGUACGCUGUUCAAAACAAAUUGCCAGUAGCCUAGCUAUACACUAAGUAUAUUCCGUGACAUAGACAGAGCAGGUGAAUCCAGGUGAAAGCUAUGAUCCCUUAUUGAUGUCACCUGUUAAGUCCACUUCAAUCAAGGUAGAUGAAGGGGAGGAGACAGGUUAAAGAAGGAUUUUUAAGCCUUGAGACAAUUGAGACAUGGAUUGUGUAUGUGUGCCAUUCAGAGGGUGAAUGGGCAAGACAAAAUACACUGCUCAAAAAAAUAAAGGGAACACUAAAAUAACACAUCCUAGAUCUGAAUGAAUGAAAUAAUCUUAUUAAAUACUUUUUUCUUUACAUAGUUGAAUGUGCUGACAACAAAAUCACACAAAAAUUAUCAAUGGAAAUUAAAUGUAUCAACCCAUGGAGGUCUGGAUUUGGAGUCACCCUCAAAAUUAAAGUGGAAAACCACACUACAGGCUGAUCCAACAAUUGAUGUAAUGUCCUUAAAACAAGUCAAAAUGAGGCUCAAUAGUGUGUGUGGCCUCCACGUGCCUGUAUGACCUCCCUACAACGCCUGGGCAUGCUCCUGAUGAGGUGGCGGAUGGUCUCCUGAGGGAUCUCCUCCCAGACCUGGACUAAAGCAUCCGCCAACUCCUGGACAGUCUGUGGUGCAACGUGGCGUUGGUGGAUGGAGCGAGACAUGAUGUGCUCAAUUGAAUUCAGGUCUGGGGAAUGGGCGGGCCAGUCCAUAGCAUCAAUGCCUUCCUCUUGCAGGAACUGCUGACACACUCCAGCCACAUGAGGUCUAGCAUUGUCUUGCAUUAGGAGGAACCCAGGGCCAACCGCACCAGCAUAUGGUCUCACAAGGGGUCUGAGGAUCUCAUCUCGGUACCUAAUGGCAGUCAGGCUACCUCUGGCGAGCACAUGGCCCCCCAAAGAAAUGCCACCCCACACCAUGCUGACCCACCGCCAAACCGGUCAUGCUGGAGGAUGUUGCAGGCAGCAGAAUGUUCUCCACGGCGUCUCCAGACUCUGUCACGUCUGUCACGUGCUCAGUGUGAACCUGCUUUCAUCUGUGAAGAGCACAGGGCGCCAGUGGCGAAUUUGCCAAUCUUGGUGUUCUCUGGCAAAUGCCAAACGUCCUGCACGGUGUUGGGCUGUAAGCACAACCCCCACCUGUGGACGUCGGGCCCUCAUACCACCCUCAUGGAGUCUGUUUCUGACCGUUUGAGCAGACACAUGCACAUUUGUGGCCUGCUGGAGGUCAUUUCGCAGGGCUCUGGCAGUGCUCCUCCUGCUCCUCCUUGCACAAAGGCGGAGGUAGCAGUCCUGCUGCUGGGUUGUUGCCCUCCUACGGCCUCCUCCACGUCUCCUGAUGUACUGGCCUGUCUCCUGGUAGCGCCUCCAUGCUCUGGACACUACGCUGACAGACACAGCAAACCUUCUUGCCACAGCUCGCAUUGAUGUGCCAUCCUGGAUGAGCUGCACUACCUGAGCCACUUGUGUGGGUUGUAGACUCCGUCUCAUGCUACCACUAGAGUGAAAGCACCGCCAGCAUUCAAAAGUGACCAAAACAUCAGCCAGGAAGCAUAGGAACUGAGAAGUGGUCUGUGGUUACCACCUGCAAAACCAGUCCUUUAUUGGGGGUGUCUUGCUAAUUGCCUAUAAUUUCCACCUGUUGUCUAUUCCAUUUGCACAACAGCAUGUGAAAUGUAUUGUCAAUCAGUGUUGCUUCCUAAGUGGACAGUUUGAUUUCACAGAAGUGUGAUUGACUUGGAGUUACAUUGUGUUGUUUAAGUGUUCCCUUUAUUUUUUUAAGCAGUGUAUUUAAGUGCCUUUGAACAGGAUAUGGUAGUAGGUGCCAGGCGCACCGAUUUUGAGUGUCAAGAACUGCAACGCUGCUGAGUUUUUACGCUCAACAGUUUCCCGUGUGUAUCAAGAAUGGUCCACCCGACCACACAAAGGACAUCCAGCCAACUUGACACAACUGUGGGAAGCAUUGGAGUCAACAUGGGCCAGCAUCCCUGUGGAACGCUUUCAAGACCUUGUAGUCCAUGCCCCGACGAAUUGAGUCUGUUCUGAGGGCGAAGUGUGGUGCAACUCAAUAUUAGGAAAGUGUUCCUAAUGUAUUGUUCACUCCGUUUAUACCUUGUGUGCUCACUGAUAAUUGAUCAGCAUUUUUUUAAUUUAAUUUUUUACUUUUUUUUAUUAGUUUUCAAGAAUAGAUUUACAGUACAGCAAUUCAUCAUAAAGGUAGUGGGAACAUCAUUAACUGCAUUAUCAUUAUUGUUGUCCAGCUCCCCUACCAUUUGAGUCAGUAUGUGUGAUGUCCGACAGCAGCAGGGUCUGGGUCGCUGCAUGUCCAGCCCCCAUACCCUUUCCCAACCACCGCGGAGUGAGUGUCUGUGCUAUGUGCAGUCAACUAGUAUCAUUAGUGUUUGUGAAGCAAAUAUGAUGGUUAUUAUUAAGGUUCUGGUCUUCUGAGAUACAAACAAGUAUACCACAAACCAAAAAAAUAUACAAUUAAACAACUAAAGGAAAUAAAAUAAUUAGAAAAAAGUAAUGCAAGAAUAGAUCAUCCGAUCAUAUGUUUGGUUGCUUCGAGACGAAUGAGUCUUAUGUCGACACAAUAUUAUGUACAAGGAGCGGUUCCUAUCUUUUUUCACAUCUGUUUGCUGUUUGUUUUAUUUUAUGGGUGAUAAUUUCCAUUAAAUAAAUGUAUUUCACUCUGUCCACUCAGCCAUAGUAGGAAUGUCCUUAUUUAACCAAUGUGCUAUAAUACAUUUCUUUGCUGCAGACGAGUAUAUUUAAUAGGUAGUAAUUUAGAAACUGUUCAGGGAUUGCUCCCAAGGAUGGCACUCAUUUGGUUCUUUGCCAGGGAACCUUUUAAAUACAUUGUUUACAGAGUCAAAAACAUCAUUCCAGUAUUUUAUUAUUCUAGGACAACACCAAAAAAUAUGUAGGUAGUUUGUGGACAAUUCCCCAAAUUUUCUCCAGCAUUCACUGGUUGUUUCUGGUCUUAUCUUCACCAUUUUGUCUGGAGUUAGAAAGUACAAUUUCCAUAUUUUUGAAGGUGUAAUGGUAGGAACAUUCCUUCAGAUCGCCUCCGAAGUUACAUUUUCAAUGUUCUCCCCAAGUUCAGAUUCCCAUUUGCACUUUGUUUGCAGAGUAUUGCUCUGUGUCAUGACAGCAAUAUAUUGGUAUAGUUUUGUUAUUUCUUUACUACCAGUUGCCCUUUUCUGAGUAUUGGUUAUGUGUUUUUCUAUGGGUGAGGGCACACACUUAAUUUCUACCUAGUUGGGGUGUUUCCAUAAGUAGUCUCUUAGCUGUACAUGGCUAAAUAAAUCUGACUUUGGCAAAUGUAAGAACUAAUUUAAUCUAAUGAUUUAACUUGGUUGUUCUUCAAGACUUGGUGUACAUAUUGCAAAUGAAGUGAAGUACUUUCCUCCAAAUCUGGAGCAUAUUCUUGGACCAUAGGUUCUUCUUACUAUCACUGUCUGUCCUCUUUCCCAGAAAAGGUCUUACUGCUAGUGGGUAUCGACCACAGUAGAUUAAUUUUUCUAUUUCGAGCCAUCUAGAUUCAUAUAAAUAUUUUAUCCAAGUAAUCAUUGGUUGCAAUUGGGUGGUACCACCUCAAGUUUGGUAAUCCAAGGCCACCUGAUUCCUUUGGCAGUUGGAGUGUUUUGUACCUCAACCUCGUUAAUUUAUUUUACCUUGCUAUAGAAACCUUGAAAUUAGACGGUCUAAUUGGUAAAGUAUGGAAUCUGGGACAAGAACCGGUAUUGUCUGAAAUUGGAAUAGCAGUCUGGGGAGAACAUUAAUCUUAAUUGUUUCCACUUUUCCUCAUGAAGUCAGAGGUAAAAUCGCACAUCUUCUAAGAUCUGUGGUUAUCACAUCAAUUAAUUUGGUAUAGUGAAUUUUAUACAAGUCCUCAAGAGAGGUAGGACUAGUAAUACCUAGGUAUUUUAUUCCUUUGUCAGGCCACCUGAAAAUGGACAGGGUACCUGAUAGGGGGUGAGCCGAUUCAUAGCGUAGGCUUCAGUCUUACUUACAUUCAGUUUAUAUACUGCGUUAAUCCCAUAUGUUUUUAUACAUUUCAUCAAGCAUGCACAGAAUUACGUACAUCAGACAUAUACAAUAAUCCAUCGUCAGCAUACAGAGAAAUCUUAUGCUCUUCCUCGCCAAUUCCUUUACUAUUCGGGCUGGAUCUUAUCAUCUGGACAAAAGGUUCAAUACUAAGGGUAAAAAGGAAAGCGCUCAGUGGGCAACCUAGCCGAACCUCUUUAUUUAUUUGGUUUUUUUUAAUUUAGCAGACGCUCCUAUCCAGAUCGACUUACAGUAGAGUGCAUACAUUUUCAUACUUUUGUUUUGUGCUGGUCCCCCGUGGGAAUUGAACCCACAACCCUGGCGUUGCAAGCGCCAUGUUCUACCAACUGAGCCACAUGGGACUCUUUUAAUGAUAAAAGGUACAGAUAAAUGUCCAUUUACUCUGACUCUAGCGUGGGGGGUCGAAUAACGGAUUUGGACCAAUGUAAUACAACUUGGGGCCAAAUUCAUGCAGCAUUUCAAACCGAUAAGGCCAUGAUACCCGAUCAAAGGCCUUCUGUGCAUCCAGGGCCAGUGCCAUAUUUUCCCCACCCGUAGUCUGGGCAGAUGAUAUAACAUUUAGGCCUCUUCUCCUGUUAUCCGACAGUUGACGGCCAGCAUUGAUCGGACAUAAAAGACAAAUGUACAGACAAAUGACAGGCGGAUGUAGCGAACAAACGGGUCCAUUUGACAAUAUCAGUGCUUUGUUGUCAUGUCUAAUUUAGCCCAUUCCUCAUCUUCCUGCCAUCAUUCCCACAGCCUCCCACCCUGAUCUUACACACUGUAAUAUAGAGCUAGCUAGCAGUGAUGAUGCAACUGGCUGUGUUGAACCCUGCAAUCUUGUUUAUUCUCUGAACUAACCUUAUGCUACCCGUCCAUGUCUUUCAAAACAUCUCAUUCAUAACCCCACCUCCAUCCAUAACCCCACCCCCCGUCUAAGGCCAAGGCAAACAAACUGUAGUCUGACUCAAACUGUUACAUGUAGCCGACUGACACAAGUAAAUCCACCCAACGCACAGGCAUUUAGGUCUUUAUAACCCCAUCAUUCAGCACAGUGGUCAGGGUGAGUGAAAGAGUAUGGGUGACGGUGUUGCUGUGUCCUGUGUUAACGUGUGUCUUUCUGGCCCCCAUCAGUUCAGGACAGGUGUCUACAACCCGUGUGGUUCAGCACAGUGGUCAGGUUGAGUGUUAGUGUUACAGUAUGGGGGGUGGUGAUGAGUGUUAGUGUGUCCUGUGUCCCUCUGGCCCCCAUCAGUUUAGAUGUUUAUUAUGGAUCAGGUUACUGUAUCCUGUGUUAACGUGUCCUUCUGCCUCCCAUAAGUAUAGGUCUUAAUAACCCUAUGUUGAGUGUAGGGCUGACCCUAAUUACUCGACUGGUGGAUUGUUUAGUCGAUAUUUUUAGUCUUGCAUUAUUUGCGCCCAUCUCAGUGAACUAAUCCAUUGCGGAGGCCUAGACUAAAAGCCAAUUAAUGCUUAACCCUAACCCGUAUGGAGGGUGUGACGCAAUUGCGGCGCCUCCGGAGGCAUGCAGAGGCCAAGUCGAGUGCCGUACCGCAUCGCCAUGCGCCUCCCAAAUGUUGUAACAAUGCGGAGGGCUCUGUAUAGCACCGCAUUGACAUGAUUUGGUUGACGGUAGGUGGGGGGCAGUACAUCCUGUAUAAACACAGACUCACUUCCUUGACAACUUCCUUCACAACAGCUCUGCACUUCUCCGGGAAGCGCAAGAAGUAUGAAUGCCCUGUUUCCUGCUGAGGCCGUAUCACCGUAAAUGCUGCAUGGCCAAUGCAGACAUCGGAUUGACCAUGCAGUGCCCAGAUGCACAAUGCUCUCCAGGAAUGCGCUCAAUUCCCCAUUACAUACACUACCAGUGAAACGUUUGGACACAAUGAAUGAGAAUGAGUUGCCAAUUCCUUAUGUAAAUGAGUAUUUUUAUGCUCAUUGCACAUUUAUAAAGAAACUGACUAGACAGCUAGCACAUACACUACCGGUCAAAAGUGUUAGAACACCUACUCAUUCAAGGGUUUUUCUUUAUUUGUACUAUUUUCUACAUUGUAGAAUAAUAGUGAAGACAUCAACACUAUGAAAUAACACAUGGGCUAUUUGAAAAAGCUCCUGCCCAAGUCAAGCAAUGCUUCUUAUCCCUUGCGCAAAUAGCCUACAGCUGUGUCUGUCCCAAGCUCACUGGCAUGGGAAACUCUGUGGGCCCAGAAUAUUUUAUGCAAUGUUGCAAGUUCGAUAGUGCAAGCUUCUGGCUAGACCCAAGUUAAUAGUUGAUACAAUGUUUCAAGUUCGUUGCAGACAGGCCAUGCAUAGCCAAUGUGAUUUGUAGGAUAUUUUUUUAUAUCCAGAUAUUUUCUACCUGCAGGCUGCAAUGUUUUUAUUUGUUGGCUUUAUAUACAGUUGUGGUCAAAAGUUUUGAGAAUGACACAAGUAUUGGUCUUCACAAAGUUUGCUGCUUCAGUGUUAUGAGAUAUUUUUGUCAGAUGUUACUAUGGGAUACUGAAGUAUAAUUACAAGCAUUCCAUAAGUGUCAAAGCCUUUUAUUGACAAUUACAUUAAGUUUAUGCAAAGAGUCAAUAUUUGCAGUGUUGACCCUUAUUUUUCAAGACCUCUGCAAUCUGCCCUGGCAUGCUGUCAAUUAACUUCUGGGCCACAUCCUGACUGAUGGCAGCCCAUUCUUGCAUAAUCAAUGCUUGGAGUUUGUCAGAAUUUGUGGGUUUUUGUUUGUCCACACGCCUCUUGAGGAUCAACCACAAGUUCUCAAUGGGAUUAAGGUCUGGGAGUUUCCUGGCCAUGGACCCAAAAUGUUGAUGUUUUGUUCCCCGAGCCACUUAGUUAUCACUUUUGCCUUAUGGCAAGUUCAUCAUGCUGGAAAAGGCAUUGGUUGUCACCAAACUGUUCUUGGAUGGUUGGGAGAAGUUGCUCUCGGAGGAUGUGUUGGUACCAUUCUUUAUUCAUGGCUGUGUUCUUAGGCAAAAUUGUGAGUGAGCCCACUCCCUUGGCUGAGAAGCAACCCCACACAUGAAUGGUCUCAGGAUGCUUUACUGUUGGCAUGACACAGGACUGAUGGUAGCGCUCACCUUGUCUUCUCCGGACAAGGUGUUUUUCGGAUGCCUCAAACAAUCGGAAAGGGGAUUCAUCAGAGAAAAUGACUUUACCCCAGUCCUAAUCAGUCAAAUCCCUGUACCUUUUGCAGAAUAUCAGUCUGUCCCUGAUGUUUUUCCUGGAGAGAAGUGGCUUCAUUGCUGCCCUUCUUGACACCAGGCCAUCCUCCAAAACUCUUCGCCUCACUGUGCGUGCAGAGGCACUCACCUGCCUGCUGCCAUUCCUGAGCAAGCUCUGCACUGGUGGUGCCCCGAUCCCGCAGCUGAAUCAACUUUAGGAGACAGUCCUGGCGCUUACUGGACAGUCCUGGCGCUUGCAAAACAAUUGAACCUCUCUCCUUGAAGUUCUUGAUGAUCCGAUAAAUGGUUGAUUUAGGUGCAAUCUUGCUAGCAGCAAUAUCCUUACCUGUGAAGCCCUUUUUGUGCAAAGCAAUGAUGACUACACGUGUUUCCUUGCAGGUAACCAUGGUUAACAGGGGAAGAACAAUGAUUUCAAGCACCACCCUCCUUUUAAAGCUUUCAGUCUGUUAUUCUAACUCAAUCAGCAUGACAGAGUGAUCUCCAGCCUUGUUCUCAUCAACACUCUCACCUGUGUUAACGAGAGAAUCACUGACAUGUGUCAGAACGCUGAGUGUGGAUGUGGUGCAGGGAAUCAAGCGCAGGAACAAGGGUGUUCGUCAACAGACUUUAGUAAUCCAAAAUAGUAACUCCAAACAGGUGAAUAGCCAACCCAACCGGGAGGCAUGAACAAAUUACACACACACACAACAGUGCGUAAAAACAAGAAAAGGCGCACGCAGUGCGGACUCUCGACACAAUCAACACGAGAGAGAACCCAUCAACAGCAACAGCUGACAUAACAAUCACACAUAACACCUGACCCAACACACGAUAACUAAAUAGGAAACAAAAUCAAACACUAACAAGGGACAGGUGUACAAACAGACAAAACCAAACAAACAUGAAACAUCGAACGGUGGCAGCUAGUACUCCGGGGACGACGACCGCCGAAGCCUGCCCGAACAAGGAGGAGGAGCAGCCUCGGCCGAAACCGUGACAGUACCCCCCCCUUGACGCGCGGCCCCAGCCGUGCGCCGAUCCCGGCCUCGGGGACGACCAGGACGACGCGGAGCAGGGCGCGUAGGAUGACCCCGAUGGAACUCGGUCAGCAGGGACAGGUCUAAUAUGUCCCUCCUCGGCACCCAGCACCGCUCCUCCGGGCCGUACCCCUCCCAUCCACGAGAUAUUGGACACCCCCCAUCCGGCGUCUCGAAUCAAGGAUGGACCUCACAGUGUACGCCGGAGCCCCCUCGAUGUCCAACGGGGGCGGAGGAGUCUCCUCUAUCUCAUAGUCCUGGAGUGGACCAGCUACCACCGGCCUGAGGAGAGACACAUGGAACGAGGGGUUAAUAUUCCUGUAAUCAAUAGGCAGUUCUAACCUGUAACACACCUCGUUCAACCUCCUCAGGACUUUGAAUGGCCCCACAAACCGCCGACCCAGCUUCCGGCAGGGCAGGCGGAGGGGCAGGUUUCUGGUCGAGAGCCAGACUCGAUCUCCAGGUGCGUAUACAGGCCCCUCACUGCGGUGGAGAUCGGCGCUCGUCUUAUGCCGACGGAUGGCCCGCUGCAGAUGGACGUGGGCAGCGUUCCAUGUCUCCUCCGAGCGCCGCACCCACUCAUCCACCGCAGGGGCCUCGAUCUGGCUCUCGUGCCAAGGUGCCAGAACCGGCUGGUACCCUAACACACACUGGAAAGGGGUUAGUUGGGUGGAGGAGUGGCGGAGAGAGUUCUGCGCCAUCUCGGCCCACGGAACGUAUCUCGCCCACUCCUCCGGCCGGCCCUGGCAAUAAGACCUCAGAAACCUACCCACAUCCUGGUUGACACGUUCAACCUGCCCAUUACUCUCCGGGUGGUAACCCGAGGUAAGGCUCACCGAAACCCCCAACCGUUCCAUAAAGGCUCUCCACACUCUGGAGGUGAACUGGGGGCCUCGAUCAGACACUAUAUCCUCGGGUACCCCGUAAUGCCGGAAGACAUGGGUAAACAGAGCCUCAGCGGUCUGUAGGGCAGUAGGGAGACCCGGCAUGGGAAGGAGACGACAGGCCUUCGAGAACCGAUCCACAACGACCAGGAUGGUAGUAUUCCCCUGUGAGGGGGGAAGAUCUGUAAAAAAGUCCACCGAGAGGUGGGACCAGGGUCGUUGUGGAACGGGCAGGGGUUGUAGCUUACCCCUGGGCAAAUGUCUGGGCGCCUUACACUGUGCACACACCGAACAGGAGGAGACCUAAACCCUCACAUCCCUGGCUAACGUUGGCCACCAGUACUUAGUGCUAAGGCAGUGAACUGUCCGGCCGAUACCUGGAUGUCCAGAGGAGGGGGACGUAUGAGCCCAAUAAAUGAGGCGAUCGCGUACAUCGAGCGGAACGUACGUCCGACCCACUGGACACUGUGGAGGACUUGGGUCGGUGCGUAACGCCCGCUCGAUCUCCGCAUCGACCUCCCAUACCACCGGUGCCACCAGACAAGACUUUGGUAGUAUGGGAGUGGGCUCAACGGACCUCUCCUCCGUGUCAUACCGCCGAGACAGGGCAUCUGCCUUCCGGUUCUGGGACCCAGGGAUGUAAGUGAUUUUAAACACAAACCGGGCUAGAAACAUAGUCCAGCGGGCCUGGCGAGGAUUCAGUCUCCUAGCUGCCCGGAUGUACUCCAGGUUACGGUGGUCCGUCAAAAUGAGGAAAGGGUGUUGAGCCCCCUCAAGCCAAUGCCUCCACACCUUUAGGGCCUGUACCACGGCUAACAGCUCCCUGUCCCCUACGUCAUAAUUCCGCUCCGCCGGACUGAGCUUCUUAGAAUAAAAGGCACAGGGGCGGAGCUUAGGUGGUGUGCCAGACCGUUGUGAGAGGACGGCCCCAAUACCGGCCUCGGACGCGUCUACCUCUACCUGGAAUGGUAAAGCGGGAUCCGGAUGCGCCAACACCGGCGCCGAGGUAAACAGGUCCUUCAGUCUCCCAAAAGCCCUGUCCGCCUCAGCAGACCACCGCAAGCGCACCGGACCCCCCUUCAACAGAGACGUUAUGGGAGCUGCCACCUGUCCAAAACCCCGGAUAAACCUCCGGUAAUAAUUCGCAAAACCCAAGAACUGUUGCACCUCUUUCACAGUGGUUGGGGUUUGCCAAUUACGCACAGCUGACACCCGGUCAACCUCCAUCCUCACCCCUGACGCAGACAACUGAUAACCCAAAAAGGAGACCGACUUCUGAAAGAACAGACAUUUCUCUGCCUUGACAUAUAGGUCAUGCUCCAACAGUCUCCUCAACACUCGGCGCACCAGGGCUACAUGCUCAGCUCGGGUAGAACUGUACACCAGAAUAUCGUCUAUGUACACGACUACUCCCUGCCCCUGCAUGUCCCGGAAAAUCUCAUCUACAAAGGAUUGGAAGACUGAGGGAGCAUUCAUUAACCCAUAUUGCAUGACGAGAUACUCGUAAUGACCGGAGGUCGUGCUAAAUGCUGUCUUCCAUUCAUCGCCCUCUCUAAUGCGCACCAAGCUAUAUGCGCUCCUGAGAUCCAAUUUUGUGAAGAACUGAGCACCGUGUAAUGACUCCGUCAUAGUCGCAAUCAGAGGAAGUGGAUAACUGUACUUCACCGUAAUCUGAUUGAGACCGCGGUAAUCAAUAAACGGGCGCAAACCUCCAUCUUUUUUCUUCACAAAAAAGAAGCUAGAGGAAGCGGGUGAAGUGGAGGCCCGUAUGUAUCCCUGUCUCAGAGACUUGGCGAUGUAAGUUUCCAUCGCCUUCCUCUCCUCUUGAGACAAGGGAUACACAUGGCUCCGCGGGAGGGCUGCUCCUGACUGGAGAUCUAUCGCACAAUCCCCCUGUCUAUGAGGCGGCAGCUGCGCCGCCCUAGUCUUACUAAACACCAGUUUCAAAUCCUCAUACUCGGGGGGAAUAUGCAGUGCUGGCAUUAGAUUCGGACUUUCCACCGAGGUCGCCCCUAUGGAAACACCCAGACACAGCCCCUCACACUGAGCAGACCACCCUUUAAGAGCUUUCUCUCGCCACGAAAUAGUAGGGUCAUGGGUAAUCAACCAGGGAAGCCCCAGCACCACCGGAUACGCAGGAGAGUCAAUCAGAUAGAGCUGAAUCGUCUCCUCAUGACCCCCCUGCGUCACCAUCUUAAGGGGCGCUGUGACCUCCCUAAUCAACCCAGAUCCUAACGGACUGCUAUCUAGGGCAUGUACAGGGAAAGGCUUAUCAACGGGAAGGAGAGGAAUCCCUAACUCUACACAGAACUGGCGAUCUACAAAAUUCCCGGCUGCGCCUGAAUCUACUAGCGCCUUAUGCUGGGAACGAGGUGCAACCUGUGGAAAACAAACAGGCAAGGUUAUGUGAACGACAGAAAGCUCUGGGUAAGUAGGGCGCCUACUCACCUGGGAGGACUCCCCAAUGCGUGGCCUGCCUUCACCUCCACCGGGGGACCUUCCCCAACACCUAGCCGCGGUGUGCCCUCCACGGCCACAGUUGGUGCAGGGAACGGCCCCCCUCGGGUUCCUACUCCUCCGUUCUCUAGCGCCAGCACCUCCGAGCUCCAUAGGGCUCGGCUCGGAGGUGCCGGAAGGUGGAAUGGGCAACCCCCACCCGGGACGUCCACGGGUGGCGAGCAGGGUGUCCAGACGAAUGGCCAUGUCGACCAGUUGGUCAAACGACAACGUGGUAUCCCUGCACGCCAACUCUCUCUGGACGUCCUCCCGGAGGCUGCAGCGGAAGUGGUCUAUGAGGGCCCGCUCAUUCCACCCUGCAUCUGCCGCUAGAGUCCGGAACUCCAAAGCAAAAUCCUGUGCGCUCCUCAUCCCCUGUCGGAGGUAGAACAGACGCUCCCCCGCCGCCUUCCCUUCUGGUGGAUGGUCAAACACGGCACGGAAGCGGCGGGAGAACUCCGCAUAGGUAAUAGUAGCGGUGUCUAUUCUCCUCCAUUCGGCGUUGGCCCACUCCAACGCCUUGCCGGUGAGACAGGAGAUGAGGGCGGAGACGCUCUCGUGUCCCGAGGGCGCCGGGUGUACGGUGGCGAGGUAGAGCUCCACUUGCAGCAGGAACCCUUGACACCCGGCAGCGGAGCCGUCGUACGCCCUCGGGAGCGAGAGCCGAAUCCCGCUGGGUUCCGGAAGGGGGACAGGAGGACUGACCGAUGGGGAUGGUCCGGUAGGUGGGGGCGUGGGUACCCCGCUGCUUUCCCAUCGGUGGAGAGUGUUCAUCACCCGAUCCAGGGCGUGACCGAUCUGGUUGAUCCUGUCCUACUGCCCAUGAAGACGGUCCUCCAUAAUGUCCGUUGGCGCGGUUGCUCCUGCUGAUUCCAUGGGUUGAUGUGUGAUUCUGUCAGAACGCUGAGUGUGGAUGUGGUACAGGGAAUCAAGCGCAGGAACAAGGGUGUUCGUCAACAGACUUUAGUAAUCCAAAAUAAUAACUCCAAACAGGUGAAUAGCCAACCCAACCGGGAGGCAUGAACAAAUUACGCACACACACAACAGUGCGUAAAAACAAGAAAAGGCGCACGCAGUGCGGACUCUCGACACAAUCAACACGAGAGAGAAAACCCAUCAACAGCAACAGCUGACAUAACAAUCACACAUAACACCUGACCCAACACACGAUAACUAAAUAGGAAACAAAAUCAAACACUAACAAGGGACAGGUGUACAAACAGACAAAACCAAACAAACAUGAAACAUCGAACGGUGGCAGCUAGUACUCCGGGGACGACGACCGCCGAAGCCUGCCCGAACAAGGAGGAGGAGCAGCUUCGGCCGAAACCGUGACAACAUGAUGGCAGCUGGUCCUUUUGUGGCAGGGCUAAAAUGUAGUGGAAAUUAGAGGGACUUUGCAAUUAAUUGCAAUUCAUCUGAUCACUCUUCAUGACAUUCUGGAGUAUGUGCAAAUUGCCAUCAUCAAAACUGAGGCAGCAGACUUUGUGAAAAUUAGUAUUUGUGUCAUUCUCAAAACUUUUGACCACGGCUGUAGGCUGUUUUUACAUUGUUGGCAAUAGAAGUUACUUUUUAGGUUUGUAUCAUUUUCAUUUAGAUUUGGAUAGAAUUUUGAUUAACCACAUGACAAUGAUUUUGAGAUAUGAAGACGUUAUUAUAAAUGAAAUGAAACUGUUCUGGCCUCCCGAGUGGCGCAGCUGUCUAAGGCGUCACUACAGACCCGGGUUCGAUCCCGGACUAUGUCAGAACCGGCUGUGACUGGGAGUCCCAUAGGGCGGCGCACAAUUGGCCCAGUGUCGUCCGGGUUUGUCCGGGGGGGCUUUACUUGGCGCAUCUCGCUGCAGGCUGACUUCGGUCGUCAGUUGAACAGUGUUUCCUCCGACACAUUGGUGCAGCUGGCUUCCGGGUUAAGCGGGCGGGUGUUAAGAAGCGCGGUUUGGCGCAUGAUUCGACCUUCGCCUCUCCCGAGCCCGUUGGGGAGUUGCAGCGAAGAGACAAGAUCGCAAUUGGAUAUCACAAAAAAAUCAAAAAUAAUACCUGUUCCACGAAAAUGUACGUAUGAAAACCAUAACUGGCACACAGAUUGGUAUAAAUGGUAAGAUAUAUUGGCAUUCCACAUGAGAAAGGUUGCAGACUCCUCAUGUAGCCUAUUACCGGCAACUUCAGGAGAGUAAUGGCAGAAUCUGCAAAAGCCAGCAGGAACGGGAGGAGAAUGGUUUGGUCAGGUUUUUUUCUUCCUCUAGAUCUUUGGCUCCCUCUUUAGUCAUUUGUCUUAUUUCAUCAAACAGUAAGCUUAAAGCAUCAGACAAGCUCAAUGCAUAUAGUUGAUUUUAUUAAAACACAAAGGGUGUGUCUAUAUAUAGAAAAAUACACGUUUAAACAUUUCUACCAAUCGAUUGGUCGAAAGAACAGACAACUUUUUUUUUUGUCGGGGACAGCCAUAUUUGAAUGAAAGAAUAUGGGGGUUGGUGGUGUGAGUGAUACUGUGCCCUGUGUUGACGUGUUUCCCUCUGGUCUGCAUCAGUUCCAGGGUCAGGAGAGGCUGACGGAGUGUUUGAUCCUGCUGGGAGGGAGCAGCUUGCUGAGGUCCCUGCUCAUCCGUCAUGUCCUGUCUGAGAUCAACCGGCUGGCAGAACACCUCUGGAUCACCUGCCAGGUAAGGACCAGGACACACACACCUCUGGAUGGCCAGGGCUUUCCACACAGGCCUGGGGUGAGGGAAGGGAGGAUGUUACAGUCUUAUAUAGGAUAAGUCAAAUCAUUGACUUUGAUGCUGUUUUAUAGGACUGUUUAUUAUGCAUAUACAGUGAGCCAGUAUUGGGACAGUGACACGUGUUAUGUUGUUUUCACUCUAACCUCAGUCAUUGUAUCAUUUGCUGGAGUGCAAAGUAUUGGCACAAAUGUACUUAUGUGUAUUAAAAAGUUAAGUAUUUGGUCCCAUAUUCAUAGCACGCAAUGACUACAUCAAGCUUGACUACAAAUUUGUUGGAAGCAUUUGCUGUUUGUUUUGGUUGUGUUUCAGAUUAUUGUGUGCCCAGUAGAAAUUAAUGGUAAAUAAUGAAUUGUCAUUUUUGGUGUCACUUUUAUUGUAAAUAAGAAUAUAAUAUGUUUCUAAACACUUCUACAUUAAUGUGGAUGCUACCAUGAUUACAGAUCCUGAAUGAGUCGUGAAUAAUGAUGAGUGAGAAAGUUAAACGCACAAAUAUCAUACCCCCCCCCCCCCCCCUCCCCCCAAAAAAAUAAUAAUGCUAACCUCCCCUCUUAUUGUAAUGGUGAGAGGUUAGCAUGUCUUGUGGGUAUGAUAUUUGAGUGUCUAACUUUCUCACUCAGGGCAUAUCGCCCAAGCCUACAUGUCACAGCAUUGGUCUCAGGUAGCCUACAUGGUGUGGUGGGUGAUGCUGUUUGACUGGCAUGUCUCCUCUGAAAGCCAGUGUAUACAGACAGCCCAGCCGCCAGCAGUCUUGCAAAAUUGAAAUGUGUGAAUAGGGAAUUGGAAGCAGAUCAUUCUCCCUUCUCGUGGCGCUCCACUCCCACUGUAGAGAGACAGUCAGUCAUGCAUGUUUGUGUGUCUUUACUUCACCCCAUUGAAAAAAGCCCUUAUUGAAGCAGUCCUGAGCAAAAACAGAACACAUUGCUGCUGUACCAAGUGAAUGAGAAAAUAUAAUUUCUGUCACGUAAUUUUGUCUGGAAGCAAAGUCCUAGACAUUGGUUUAUUAAAUACUAUAGGACCUUUUCUUUGCUGAGAGUAUUGAUGUUGAGUUAUUUAAGUACACUGUGGCUGCUACUGUAGACCACUGUCAUUUGGUGAUAAUGUAUUCAAAUGACCUGAAAUUGCUCACUUAAUUUUCGGGACUGUUGACUUGCCUCAUAUCCCUCUAACAUUGAGUUCUUGACACUUCAAAGCCAUUGUGACCUGGCACUUGACCCCCCUGCUGUCAAUGUAGAAAAAGGGGCGGCUAAAUUGCUUGUAAAGACAUCUACCAUUUGAAGACUUAGCCACCAGACUGGCUAAUGAGUAGAGCCCGAUCAAUAUAUCGGUUCACCGAUAUUAUCGGCUGAUAUUGGCCUUUUACUAACAUAUCGGUAUCGGCCGAUAAUUCCACCGAUAACCAAUAUUCAAUAAAUAUGAUGAAAAAAGGGAAUCUCAUGCUUAUCCGAACACUUGGAUGGCAAUGUGUCAUUAUUGUCACAAUGUAAGAAAUCAACAUUUGAAGCAUAUUUCUUGGCCAAUUGGAUGGCAAUUUAUGAGAACUCGGUGUGGAAAAAUUACACGUAAAAAAUGUCCCUGCUGUAAAACAGUAUAUCGGUAGAUAUAUCGGUAUUGGUAAGUUUUGUCCCCCCCAAAAGAAUCGGAAUCGGUAUCGCUCUACUAGGCCUAGUACCUCACCCCUCAGAGAAUGGAAGUCCCUGAUUGCGUCCCAAAUGGCACCCUUUUCCCUUUAUAAGACACCACUUUUGACUAGGGCCAAUAGGGCUCUGGGCAAAAGUAGUGCACUAUAUAGGGAAUAGGGUGCCAUUUGGAACACAUCCCCUAUGAUGCGGUUGAGAGGACUGAGGUGCACUUAACAGAACUUUGAAUGGGCUGCUGGCUUGCAUUCGCACUAUGCUACAUUACUACAACAACAACAGGCUUCAUUUGCUCUACAAGCUUGUCUGUGCUGUUGUUGAACGUUUGCAUGAAAAUGGAGACAUAACAGGCUUCUUUUUGGUUGAUUUAGUCUUGGAGUAUACUCUCUAUACAAUAAUACAUGAAUGCAACUGUGGAGAAAAGGCCAGUGCAUUGAGAGCUGUAGGCUGGGCUGCCUGAUUUGCACAUCAAAACACAGCAAGGGAAUUGUAUAACGCAUCAAGUCUCCAUUACUGCACCUUGCCUCGCAAUGCAGUGCAGCAAUUUGUGUUAAUACUGUAUGAUUUUUCUAGAGCUGUGGUCGAGUCCUGGGAAAUAAAGUUUGAAGACUUGCCAGCCAGGCCUAAAACUCACUUUUUUUGUAUACCAGGCACUGUUGCAGGUAGAUUUAGAAAAUCGACCAGCCACUGAUUUUUUUUUUUACCAUCCAAAAUACUUUUGGGGCCAUAAUUACACAAGGAGACACAAAAAAAACUGAUGAGCAUGCUUAGUAAUGUUUCUAAAACAACAAAUGUAUUGCUAGUGAGAUGUAAUGUGAUAUUGCUCUAUGUAAUUUAACAUUCUGUGACCUGACAUGUGCGAGCGUUGCAAAAUAAAUGUACACAUACAUGUUAUUCAAUCAUUGCAUCCACACUGCUCACGUGCGUUAACAAGUGUCUGCGUAGCCAGGCUCUAAAAUAGAACUUGGUUCUAUUUGUGAUGCUUGACGCGCUGCAAGUCCCGCCUCUCCCAUCUCAUUGGUUUUUAGGAGCAUAUACCCACAUGGGUGAUUAAAAGAUGAACUGAGGUCCACACUCCAAUCCAGUUGGUGGUGGUAAUGCACCUUAAAGUUGGAUGCCAACCGCCAUAGAAAGUCCAAAGAAGAAGAAGGAGAGAUUACUAUAAACUAACUCUGUUUACCCUUUUAUCUGUGGAUUAAUUGUCAGCGUAGAGGACCUUGUGCAUUUCAGGUAAAAUAACAACCCAAUGUUUAUAUCCCAGGACAAAGUAACUAGCAACAGUAAGCUAGCUAGCUAAAUUGCCAUAAAUGUUUAAUGCUUUUCGACCUGUCCCCAAAUUAAUAUACACUGCUCAAAAAAAUAAAGGGAACACUUAAACAACACAAUGUAACUCCAAGUCAAUCACACUUCUGUGAAAUCAAACUGUCCACUUAGGAAGCAACACUGAUUUACAAUAAAUGUCACAUGCUGUUGUGCAAAUGGAAUAGACAACAGGUGGAAAUGAUAGGCAAUUAGCAAGACACCCCCAAUAAAGAAGUGGUUCUGCAGGUGGUGACCACAGACCACUUCUCAGUUCCUAUGCUUCCUGGCUGAUGUUUUGGUCACUUGAAUGCUGGCGGUGCUUUCACUCUAGUGGUAGCAUGAGACGGAAUCUACAACCCACACAAGUGGCUCAGGUAGUGCAGAUCAUCCAGGAUGGCACAUCAAUGCGAGCUGUGGCAAGAAGGUUUGCUGUGUCUGUCAGCGUAGUGUCCAGAGCAUGGAGGCGCUACCAGGAGACAGGCCAGUACAUCAGGAGAUGUGGAGGAGGCCAUAGGAGGGCAACAACCCAGCAGCAGGACCGCUACCUCCGUUUUUGUGCAAGGAGGAGCAGGAGGAGCACUCCCAGAGCCCUGCAAAAUGACCUCCAGCAGGCCACAAAUGUGCAUGUGUCUUCUCAAACGGUCGGAAACAGACUCCAUGAGGGUGGUAUGAGGGCCCGACGUCCACAGGUGGGGGUUGUGCUUACAGCCCAACACCGUGCAGGACGUUUGGCAUUUGCCAGAGAACACCAAGAUUGGCAAAUUCGCCACUGGCACCCUGUGCUCUUCACAGAUGAAAGCAGGUUCACACUGAGCACGUGACAGACGUGACAGAGUCUGGAGACGCCGUGGAGAACGUUCUGCUGCCUGCAACAUCCUCCAGCAUGACCGGUUUGGCGGUGGGUCAGUCAUGGUGUGGGGUGGCAUUUCUUUGGGGGGCCGCACAGCCCUCCAUGUGCUCGCCAGAGGUAGCCUGACUGCCAUUAGGUACCGAGAUGAGAUCCUCAGACCCCUUGUGAGACCAUAUGCUGGUGCGGUUGGCCCUGGGUUCCUCCUAAUGCAAGACAAUGCUAGACCUCAUGUGGCUGGAGUGUGUCAGCAGUUCCUGCAAGAGGAAGGCAUUGAUGCUAUGGACUGGCCCGCCCAUUCCCCAGACCUGAAUCCAAUUGAGCACAUCUGGGACAUCAUGUCUCGCUCCAUCCACCAACGCCAUGUUGUACCACAGACUGUCCAGGAGUUGGCGGAUGCUUUAGUCCAGGUCUGGGAGGAGAUCCCUCAGGAGACCAUCCGCCACCUCAUCAGGAGCAUGCCCAGGCGUUGUAGGGAGGUCAUACAGGCACGUGGAGGCCACACACACUACUGAGCCUCAUUUUGACUUGUUUUAAGGACAUUACAUCAAAUGUUGGAUCAGCCUGUAGUGUGGUUUUCCACUUUAAUUUUGAGGGGGUACUCCAAAUCCAGACCUCCAUGGGUUGAUACAUUUGAUUUCCAUUGAUAAUUUUUGUGUGAUUUUGUUGUCAGCACAUUCAACUAUGUAAAGAAAAAAGUAUUUAAUAAGAUUAUUUCAUUCAUUCAGAUCUAGGAUGUGUUAUUUUAGUGUUCCCUUGAUUUUUUGAGCAGUGUAGUUGGUUCAGACAUCGUUUUGAUAUUUCAACCUGCGUGUCCUGAUCGCGUCUGGUGUGGAUGGACAAAAUCAACAUGCGCGCUGCACGCGAGCGCCCGGUCUAGUCAGCAUGAGUAUUUUAACAAAAAUGUUUAACUUGCCCUUUAAGAUUACCUUGGUAACAGGGCCACUAGUCAUCACGUGUGAGAAUGUCACCAGUAGAGGCCAAUGUUGUCUGUUUUUGCUAGUAAUCUCAAACAUUGAAAAGCAACCUAGCUUGUGAACAAAACAAUGUAAAUAGACAAGAAAAACGAGGAAAAGGUCUCACUUUAGUAGACUUUCGAGUAAAUUAGACAAACUUUUAUGCCUGUGCCCAUUGCUUCUAAAAACUAAUCUUUCAGUGCUCACAGCCCCCCAGACAGACGGUGUUGCUGAGUGAGGUGGGAUAGCUAUAAUGUUAGGAAUCAGAUUUAUUUGUGCAUUACCAGAUAUGAAACAAAACAGCAGAAAUACUUUGAAAACAGCUACAGCAGCAUUUAUUUUGCUAUAAAUCACAACUCGCGCUUGUGGCCAUAAUUGACUUUUGGUAUUAAUUGCUCACACUGUUGGGCAUGCAGUGUUACCACGCGCCAACGUGGCUGGUGAAUUAGACAUUCUUACCCACCAAUGCCAAAAUCAAUACACAGUACUGUAUGCAGAGAGCAUCAUUGGACUGAUAGCCUCCCUGUGUGUGUGUGUGUGUGUGUGUGUGUGUGUGUGUGUGUGUGUGUGUGCGCGCAUGUUUUAGCUUCCCUGUGUCUGCGUGUGACCCCUGUCUUUCCCCCAGAUCUGCAGUGUGACUAUGAUAAAGGCAGACCUGUCAGGUGAGGUGUAUUUCUAGGGUGAUUUAUGUGAGCAUUAAGAUUCCGUUAACCCUUCACACAGGGUGACAGAGGCAUAUGGUUUCCUCCUGCCUCUGUAGCCUAAUGCACUCAGCAAGGGGUAAUUCUGUGGGGGCUGCUCCUCUGGGAUGGAGGUAAGGACGAUCAGUUAAGUCCACCACCACACACACCACCGCAACAUAAACACACUACCCUGGCCACUAGAGAGGUGAGAUAGGCAUCUCCAUCUGUUUGCUAGACCUUUCCCAUGGUAAAACAGUCAGGGCUGGGUAAAGGUUGUAUAAGGGACAAGAUCUGUGUGUUGGCCUAAAAUUGCUUUUAUCAACCAUGUCACUAGUUGUUUCCCUGUUAAUGUAGCGGUCUAGAAACACGUAAUAACAAGACAGUUCUAAGGACAACAUGGAGAGGAUGCUCAAUUAUGCCAAAUUGUUUCAAUGAUGAGUCAGAGCUCUACUGGAUCUGGUUGUACUCUGAGAAGUAAUUUAGGAUCAAAUUGUUGGAUAAUUGGUUUGUUGCCCGAUGGACAUUGUAAUCAUGAUUAUUAUGAGAAUGAUUACGUUUCUAAUUGUUUUUUCUACAGCUGUAGGCUACAUAUAGCCUAAUACUGAACCAAAGAGUGGUGUCACCUCAGGUCUCUAGUGAUGAGAAUCAAUUAAAUAAUGAUUACUUCAGUAGUAUUUUCUUUAAGCCAUUAUUAUUUAAUCGGCAGCGUUAAAAAGGGAGUAGUGACUAUUAGGGUUGGCGGAUAUUACGAUAUAAUCGGAAAUCAAUUAUGUUUGACAGACAUCGUCGAUGGCAAUGACAUUGUGAUGUGACAGACGAUAUUUUUUUACAGACGAUAGUUUAACCUAUUUAAACAUGACUGGCACCGCCGGAGUAGGGCAGCGCACAACAGUGCAGCUCACAGCCGGGCGACACGCCAAAUGACCUACCUAUUCCUAUUUGCCAUUGCCCUUUUCAAUAAAUAUGUAGGUAGACUUAGCCUACUAUUAACAUAAUGCAAGAGUAGGCCUACAAUGUAGAUUGUAGACGCAGCGGAGAGUGCCAAAAGCUGUGCAAAAUGUCAGAUAACAUUUCUCUCGCUCACCGCUCCAAUGUCGGAUGAUCAUGGGCCUUUUGCAGCGGACACUCCGUUGUAUGGCGUGUUUUAAAAGCUUCAUUUCCCUUUUUGUCCCAAUCCCCAUUUUAUUUGAAUGUGACUUGUUGGUCUAAGCAUAUCUUUCAUGAUCAUCAUUCAAAUGAAUCUAGGAGGCCAGUAACAGAGUUCUAUCUCAGAAAGUUAUGUUUGUGAAUAGCCUAAAUAAAAACAUUAUAUGGUAAUAAUGAGAGAGGAAGAACCAACAAUUGCAAGAUAGAAUAAUUGAAUGGGAAGUUUAAACAAACCUGCGCAACGGGCAUUACAAAUGCUCCCACAGCAGCGCUUUCGAUAAGCAGAAACAAAAUAUAAAUGUGCCUAUAAAAAGAAGAACCCACAUUUGGAUAGGCUACAAAUUACAACAUAAAUCAAGUAAAUAAAAUAAGUACGAAAUUUACCAAAUAAAUGAUAGUGCAAAUCAGUUUAAAUCAUACAACAGAAUAUUCUAGCCUAGGCUACAUUUAUUUGGAAUAAGACUCAUCUGUGAAUACAUGCUAUGAAAAUAAAAUAAAUAAAAAGCAAUGAAGAACCAUUCAGACUAUUUUUAUUUUCAUUAUAUAUUAACCUACCUAAAGGUUACUGGCAAGGAACACAAGCAUGUUCACCUUUUCUGGCUUUAAUAGACUGCGGAGUGGGGUAACAAUAUUGCCUACUGAAAACACGUUCAGACAGAACACUUUUAACACAGAUGCAGAGAAAAAAAUAGACGAUACAAUCAUACAGUGCCUUGCAAAAAUAUUCAUCCCCUUGGCGUUUUUCCUAUUUUGUUGCAUUACAACCUGUAAUUUAAAUGGAUUUUUAUUUGGAUUUCAUGUAAUGGACAUACACAAAAUAGUCCAAAUUGGUGAAGUGAAAUGAAAAAAGAACUUGUUUAAAAAAAUUCUCAAAAAUAAAUAACGGGAAAGUGGUGUGUGCAUAUGUAUUCACCCCCUUUGCUAUGAAGCCCCUAAAUAAGAUCUGGUGCAACCAAUUACCUUCAGAAGUCACAUAAUUAGUUAGAUUGCACACAGGUGGACUUUAUUUAAGUGUCACAUGAUCUGUCACAUGAUCUCAGUAUAUAUACACCUGUUCUGAAAGGCCCCAGAGUCUGCAACACCACUAAGCAAGGGGCACCCCUAAGCAAGCGGCACCAUGAAGACCAAGGAGCUCUCCAAACAGGUCAGGGACAAAGUUGUAGAGAAGCACAGAUCAGGGUUGGGUUAUAAAAAAAUAUCAGAAACUUUGAACAUCCCACGGAGCACCAUUAAAUCCAUUAUUAAAAAAUGGAAAGAAUAUGGCACCACAACAAACCUGCCAAGAGAGGGCCCCCCACCAAAACUCACGGCCCAGGCAAGGAGGGCAUUAACCAUAGAAGCAACAAAGAGACCAAAGAUAACCCUGAACCCUGGGGCGGCAGGUAGCUUAGUGGUUAAGAGCUUUGUGCCAGUAACCGAAUGGUCGCUGGUUCUAAUCCCCGAGCCGACUAGGUGAAAAAAAUCUGUCUGUGCCCUUGAGCAAGGCACUUAACCCUAAUUGCUCCUGUAAGUCGCUCUGGAUAAGAGCGUCUGCUAAAUGACUAAAAUGUAAAUGUAAGGAGCUGCAAAGCUCCACAGCGGAGAUUGGAGUAUCUGUCCAUAGGACCACUAAGCCGUACACUCCACAGAGCUGGGCUUUACGGAAGAGUGGCCAGAAAAAAGCCAUUGCUUAAUGAAAAAAAUAAGCAAACGCGUUUGGUGUUCGCCAAAAGGCAUGUGGGAGACUCCCCAAACAUAUGGAAGAAGGUACUCUGGUCAGAUGAGACUAAAAUUGAGCUUUCUGGCCAUCAAGGAAAACGCUAUGUCUGGCGCAAACCCAACACCUCUCAUCACCCCGAGAACACCAUCCCCACAGUGAAGCAUGGUGGUGGCAGCAUCAUGCUGUGAGGAUGUUUUUCAUCAGCAGGGAAUGGGAAAUUGGUCAGAAUUGAAGGAAUGAUGGAUGGCGCUAAAUACAGGGAAAUUCUUGAGGGAAACCUGUUUCAGUCUAACAGAGAUUUGUGACUAGGACGGAGGUUCACCCUCCAGCAGGACAAUGACCCUAAGCAUACUGCUAAAGCAACACUCCCGUGGUUUAAGGGGAAACAUUUAAAUGUCUUGUAAUGGCCUAGUCAAAGCCCAGACCUCAAUCCAAUUGAGAAUCUGUGGUAUGACUUAAAGAUUGCUGUACACCAGCAGAACCCAUCCAACUUGAAGGAGCUGGAGCAGUUUUGCCUUGAAGAAUGGGCAGCAAUCCCAGUGGCUAGAUGUGCCAAGCUUAUAGAGAAAUACCCCAAGAGACUUGCAGCUGUAAUGCUGCAAAAGGUGGCUCUACAAAGUAUUGACUUUGGGUGGGUGAGUAGUUAUGCACGCUCAAGUUUUAUUUUUUUAGUCUUAUUUUUUGUUUGUUUCACAAUUAAUAAAUAUUUUGAAUUUUCAAAGUGGUAGGCAUGUUGUGUAAAUCAAAUGAUACAAACCCCCCCCCCCCAAAAAAAAUCAAUUUUAAUUCCAGGUUGUAAGGCAACAAAAUAGGAAUACUGCCAAGGGGGGUGAAUACUUUCGCAAGCCACUGUAUAUCAACGAUGUUUGGACAGGUCGAUGGGGCGAUGUGUGAUUCCAGACAUCGCCCAACCCUAGUGACUAUUCCAUAAGCAUAGUUUAGCCCAGCCAGGCUGCAGGUUUGCAGGCUCCGGUGGCGGUAGGUGGGUUGCCACUGCCCUUGGACCGGUGAAACAUUCAGAGAAGCCCAGCCAUCUGGGCCCCGUGUUGCUCUGUCACAGGGCAUGACAGUCACAGCACAUAGCACCCUACCAGACAGACUACCCACACAGCCCAUAGGACGAACGGUACAAACACUCACUCACUUCUCCAAUAACACUAUAACCCUGGGCAGUAAAAAUGACAAUCUGGACUGGAUUGGAGCCAUAACUGUGCAUGUACCCUCUGUUGUCCUGUUGUUCUGACUGUGCUUUAUGUCAAGUUUAAAUCAUGGUGGUUCUGUGGCUAUUGUUGAAGCAAUUUAUCACCCUUGCCCUGUCAUUUUGUAAUUAGUAGAACACUUUACCAGAGCCAUAUAUUUAGAUAUAUGGCUCUUCUAUUUACUGGUGGUUGUCUUUUUCCUCUUACUAACAUAGGGGUACUCCAAGGACAAACCCAUAGCCUGAAUAUGAUCUAUCAGACUCGGUGUCCAAGCAGCAAAUCUGUUUUUUAUUGUCUAAUUAGAGUGUGCUAGCUAGCCCAGUCUUAAGUCUGGGAAGUGAUUGUCAGGGAUGACUACCCUUAAUAAUAUGAAGUUUGGCUUCAGGAUGAUGAAUGAAAGUUAUCAGAUGUGCAGAGCUCGGUCAGUUAUCAUGUCAGCUAGAGCCAGAGGAAAUUAGUGUCAGAGCUGAGGCUUGUAAAGGCCAAUGGCAGCAAAAACUGUUCUGUUUAGCCUCAGAAAACUGUAGUGUAAUGCUCAGGGGAAAAUUUUCGCUCCGGGUUACGGUGUCCAUCUACAGUAAGCAGACCACUUACUUUUCAUCCCUAAAUGUCAUGAGUGAGAUCUGUACUUCAAACACAUUUUUAGCCAAAGCCUUCAGUAGAAUCAGCUUUCCCUUUCAUUUUUGGAGAGAAUAUGCUAAUCUUGCCUGAGUUGGGAAGGAUGCACACUGAAAGUUGAGAGUGUAAUUAUAUAUCAUCAUUGUCAGUUUGAGAUGUUAUUUAGAUACUUUUUUUUUUAGAUUUCAGAGCAGCCCACUUCCCCAUUUAUCAAUGACUCCUUUCUGAUGCAAAGCACCUUCUCCUCAUCAUAACAUCCUGUACAUGUCGCCAUUGCAGCCUGAAGGCCCAUGUAUACACAGCAAAUUGGCCAGUGUUACCUAGUGUUGAUUUUUCAGUGUAACAUGUCUAGUGUUGAUUCAGGUGUUAAAUUAACACUCAUUGGUGUAAAAUAACCCCAGUGUUGGUGUUAAUAAUGCCUAUCAUUUAUCAUAUUUCCCAGCAUGCUCUGUUGCAGGUAGAUUUUUUUAGAAUGGUUUGUUUCAUGCUAUGUGUUUGCACGUACAUUGAUUAAUUAAUCUUAUGCAACUCAAAUAUAAAUAACAUAAAUGGUUCUACUAAUCCAAUCUGUUACUUCGACUUAAUGCACCCGUUACUGAAAUGGUUGUUCCAGUUUAGAUGGUUUAGGUAGUCUCAUAUCUUAGUCUUCCCAACCCGGCAGUCAUUCUGAAUGCAUGUUGCGGGUGAAUAAAAAUUCAAAAUGUUGGAUAUCCCCACUCUUUAUGCCAGCAUAAAGUGACUUGCAAGCCCGAUGUGGCCUGUAAACCAUGAGUUUCAGGCCACUGUAUUAGGGUAAAGCUCUCAAAAUAAGGCCUUAUGAAAUACGUGUUGUAUUGUGUUUUAUUUAUAGAUAGAUACACACACACACACUACCAGUCAAUUGUUUGGACACACCUACUCAUUCAAGGGUUUUUCUUUAUUUUUACUAUUUUUUACAUUGUAGAAUAGAAGUGAAGACAUCAAAACUAAGAAAUAACACAUAUGGAAUCAUGUAGUAACCAAAAAAGUGUUAAACAAAUCAAAAAUACAUUUUAUAUUUGAGAUUCUUCUAAUACUGGCUCUCAUAAGGACCGCCGCAGGAAUGGAAGCCCCAGAGUUACCUCUGCUGCAGAGGUUAAGUUCAUUAGAGUUACCAGCCUCAGAAAUUGCAGGCCAAAUAAAUGCUUCACAGAGUUCAAGUAACAUACACAUCUCAACAUCAACUGUUCAGAGGGGACUGUGUGAAUCAGGCCUUCAUGGUCGAAUUGCUGCAAAGAAACCACUACUGAAGGACACCAAUAAUAAGAGGAGAGACCUGCUUGGGCCAAGAAACAUGAGCUAUGGACAUUAGGCCGGUGGAAAUGUGUCCUUUGGUCUGGAGUCCAAAUUUGAGAUUUUUGAGUGAGCAUAAAUUGAAAUAAUUUGCUUUCUUUAUUUUACUGGAUUUAAACAUGAACUCACUCAUAACAACAGCUUUCGUUGACACAUGACACUCUCUAGUCAUGGUUUUAGAUGUUUUGAAAUCACAGUAGUAUCAACUGACUUUGCUGUGUGCUCGAGGAAGCUGCAGAGUGCAAACACGGUGAUCUGAGCAAUCCGAUUGGGUAGUGGUUGGCCUAUAGGUGUACUUGAUUUGCUCGCCGGGCACGCCGAGUAGGCGGAGUUUACCUUCAGACACAUGAAAUGGUUCAAAAUGGGAAAACUUUGCAGGGCAGCUGAAACAAGUGCACCUACUGCCAACAGUGCAGGACAGAAAAAAGGAAUGGGUUUUAUAGAUAUGUUUUGAGAUCGAUUAGGAAUGCCUUGGAGAUCGACCAGUCCAUCGCGAUUGACCGUUUGGUGACUGAUUUAUACUAAACUUAGUCUGGGCUUGAUAGCCAGCUUGCUAUGCUAACUGCAGGCUAACUAGGAGGAACAUUGUAUCGUGAGAGACGAAAUGCACCCUGGGAAUCGUAGUAUGCUCUAGACGAGGAAUCGUGCAGUAUGACUAACAAAAACAAUAAAACAUCAAUGUGUAUCAAAUCUUACAGUAGUGCAUUUAUACUAAAAGCGUAAUAACUGGUUAUAAAGUGGCGGAAUUGUCCUUUUAAAGGAAAAAGGUAAAAGAGAAACUGACGAGUAGACUUUUCAUGAGGAUCUCAAACUCUUAUAGCCUAGUAAUGGGUGGUGUGCAGUGCACCUGAGGAAAAACGCCAUCCUUUGCCAAUUUAUCCUUUACCAAAUACAGAGUGUAGAGAAGGAGAAAGAGUGUGUGUUCAUUCAUGUCUCUGUGAGUCUCAUAAAACUCAUGUUAUUCUAGCAUUACUGAUGUCCCCCCAGCUGACAUGCAGCCGAGGUGAAGCCCCGUAUAUCGUAUCCAGCAAGCCUACGAGUCUGAGGGAAACAUGACUUAUGGCUCUCAGCACUUCAUGAUACUGAUGCUCAUUAAAACCCUGGCAUUUCUGACUGAGCUAUGUCUCUCAUUACACAUCUGGCUAGUGCGUUUACAAGACUGUGUGUGUGUGUGUAACAAACUGCCGCCUCGCUCUCUCUCUCUCUUUGUGCGCUCUCUCUUAUUCUCCACGAUUGGUGCUUCCCCUCCUGCGCCAGUGACAGGUUUCAAGAAAGAUCAGAUUAAGAGCAGCAGCAGAGAUUUUGCUGGACUGUUAAAUAGCCAGGAUCAAAGUCAUACUUGGCCCCUCAAAGCAGUACAGAUCUCUAACCGAGAGGGAAAAUGAAGCUGUUUGAUCAAAGUCAUGUUAUGAUGAGACAAAGCCAGGAGCCACCAGUGCGUCGGUAAAUCGCCUCCCCCUUCCGCCGCCUUCGACAGACUCUCACACUCUCUGCUGAUGAGCAUUAGAGCAAACAAAUGUGUAUCAUGGUAGACAAUGUGUUUUUCUCUAUGAAUGCUUGCAUUCUGUUCAGGAGACUCUACAUACUUCUGUGUUGUGAGAUGGUACAUAGUAUACAAAUAGUAUAAUUUUUUGUAGUCUCUUGGUGCCUUGACAAUAUUACUUUUUAUAAAAAAUUUAAUAGCUUAUGUUAUUCUUGUCUAUAACUGUGCUGUACUCUGUCAUGUGUUUUAUGUGGGCCUCAGGAAGAAUAGCUGCUGCAUGUGCAACAGCUAAUGGGGAUCCUAAACUAGGAGGCCACCAGUGAAGAGGUUUUGGUAAUGCUCUGCAGACCAGCCCUCUUUGUCCUGUAGCUUAGCACAUAGCAGCAGCCAGCUGCUCUGUGCCAUCAGCAUUGACCUACACACAGAGGCACUGGAGAUGAAGAAAUAAAGUAAGCCUUAUCUGAGCCAGAACGCCCCACAGGGCAGAAGUCUAUCUCCUGUGUCUGUAGCAUGAGGCAUCUUGAUGUACAAGUACACCCUCUGGACAAAAAAUCUAUCACAAAAAAAAACAGACCUGGUAAAUAGAGCAGAGAGGAGCCUGGGCAAGGACAGGCUGGGGAGAGAGUAGGGGUGGGCGAUAUGAGCUAAAAUUCAUAUCACGAUAUUUUCCACUGUCCAGACGAUAUCGAUAUGAUAUCACGAUAUAUGACGUAAAAAAAUAUGAAUCACAUUUUAAUAUCCCUUCUUGGUUAAAUUAUAUUAGUUAAGGAAAAAUAUGUAUUUGAACCUUAUAUAACCAGAAAGAGUGAGGCAUUGGACCGUAUGGACCUGAAAAGUUUUUAUUUGUAUUGUGCAAACAUGCAUUCCGUAAACAUGAGGUAGGUAGGCCUAUAUAUAUAUAUAUAUAUAUAUAUAUAUAAAUUAGAUAUUAAGUAAAAUUAAAUAAAAAAUAACAGGAGAUAAAGAAAAUAAGGUAAUUACAAAUUCAAAUACGUGUGUUUGUUUUGGCUACGGUCCGUAGAUAUGUAAAAAACUAACCGUUUGAAACUAAACCUUUCAAGCCUCAACCAUCAAUUAUCAACAAUAUCAACAAAUCUUCACUAGAACUUUCUUCACAAGUUCCGUGCCAGGAAUACCAGCAUGUUGACUGUUUCUGGCUUUAGUGCUGCCCUGUGACAUGUCACCACAUUGCCCCCAGUGCUGAAUGCCCUCUCAGAGGGGGCACUUGUGGCAGGGAUGCAUAAGUAUUUCUUUGCCAGACAACUCACACGUGGAAAAUUAGAUCCGUGAAAUCGCCACCACUCCAAAGGAUCAGACUCGCUGUCUGCUGCCGUUGCCAGAAUGUAGCUAUUCAGCUCUUGCUCAAUGAUCUGCCUCUCUGAACAUGAGGCAGGUGCACUGCUGGUCUGCUUAAAGAAGCUCCCAAGGCUCUUCUUGGGCUUCUUGCCUGAUUGAUGAGCAGUGGAAGCUUCUUUCUCCCUGUCAGUGUGAUCCUCUGCAAGAGACGAUUUUCCCAGGGCUGUGUUCUCCACCAGGAGGGCUUCGGUCUCUGAGGCAGCUCUCACCUUAAAAAAUGAAAAUAAUUAAACUUUAUUUGUAUAGCACCUUUCAUACAUAAAAUGCAGCCCAAAGUGCUUUACAUUUGAAGCAAUAAAACAAGAACAAAUGAAUAAAUACCUUAAUGUCCUCCAGUUUCUCAGCGGACAUGUACCUGGUCUUGAACCUUGGAUCUAGAAAGGUAGCCAUGGAGAGCAGCUCAUCUGUUGCAGGGUCAGUGUACUUGUUAUUCAAGUAAUCAAGAACCUUGAUCUUGAUCUCUUUGGUCAGUUCUGUAUCGUCCUUGCUCAGAUUUAGAACCUCUGCAUUUAACAGAUUGAUGACAGGCUUCAAAUAGGACACGCUCACAUACGCUUCUCCUGACAGGGCAUCUGUAAAGUCCUGGAGUGGCUUCAGUGCUGCUGUGACUGAUUCCAAGACCUGGAUGUCUUGCCAGGUAGGUACAAGGUGCCGUGUCUUUUUGUCCCCUGCCAGGACCUGUGUAAUGGCCUUUUCCUGCUCCAGGACUCUUUCCAUCAUUUUCAGACGAGAUCCCCACCUUGUCGGAGAUUCUGUGAUGAGCUUGUGCAGGGGCAGGCUUAGUUCAUUCUGUGCUGUCAUCAGGGCCUUCUGCUUUUUCCAGCUGUAUGAGAACGUGCUAACCACCUUUUUGCAAACCCCUGUGGCCCGGGAAAUCGCACACCCCUGUGGCCCGGGAGCGUUUUGGACACUCCUCUCUGGAAAUUGGGAAUAAGAAAUCAAAAUAAUAGGGUGAAAAAUAAUCGAAUCACAAUACAAUAAUAAUUAAUAAUAAUGCAUUUUUAUAUAGAAAUCACAAUACAAUAUAACUUUUAAUCUUUGUUUGAGGAUUUACGGCAUUUACAUUCAACUGUUACACAUUUUACAAAUCUGAUGUGCUUAGAUUUAGCCUACGGUACAUGGCUGAUGUGAGCUGUAUUUUUUCUUAAUAAUAAGCAUCAUACAGGGUAGGCCUAGGCUACAGUCCUGAAACUUACCAAUAGCAUUGUGCAGCCUGUGUCCGAAACAUCCAAGGUUUGCCCACUUGUUCAGCUGCAAUGCCUUGAUCAUGUUCGAUCCGCUGUCGGUCGUCAUACAAACUUGACGCGACUCUUUUAAUCCCCAGGACGACAGUAUGUCCCUCAGCCCACCUGCAAUUAUUUCCCCGGUGUGGUCGUCUGGGAAAUAAGACGUCUGUAGGCACUUACUUUUCAGUUUCCAGUCACCGUCUAUGUAAUGGAUUGUGAGGCUUAUAUAAGGUUCUGUGGUACGACUUGACCAUAGAUCGGCAGUAGUGGAGAAGAAUGGAAUGUUAUUUAUCUCACUGUAAACUCUGUCCCAGCAUUCUGUGUAAAGCUGUGGCAGGCAUUUUUGGCUAAAAUAUUUGCGGCUCGGGAUCUCAUAUAUUGGGUCCAGAGUUUGAAUCAACUUUCUGAACCCCUCUUUCUCCACAGUUUGAAUCGGUACCAUGUCCUUCGCUAUGUGAUUUGUAAUCGCAGCUGUGAUGUCUAUCCAUUUUUUGCUCGUCUUCUCAUAGCAAGUACCGGCAGCAAAUGAUGAUAUAAUUGAUUGUUGAGUGCGAGUCUGGCUUGUCUUCGGGCGAGCUCCUGGGCUUACUGUCUCACGCAUUCUGGUGCAUUGUUCAUACUCACGGACAUGUAUGUUUUUUAAGUGAUUGAACAGGUUGGUCGUGUUUCCACCUUUUGCUAAGACAACACGACGACACAACUUGCAUAGGGUAGUGUUUUGGUCGGGGUCGGAGAUUUUAAAGCCAAACCAGUUCCAAACAACAGAGGUGCCCCCUUUCUUCUUAACCAAUUUAUCCUCCUGCUCUUGAGCAACAUCAAUUUCUGUGUUUUCGCUCAUCCUGGAUUGUAAAGUUUUCCCCCAAUAGUUAACCUGCCUCCUAACUGCAGCUGCCUGCACACUUCUUUGUUGCUAGCACUACAUGCGUGCAACAAGUGCAUGCGACGUGCGCUCAUAAAAAUAGGUCAACAUAUUAACAUACAUUAUUUUAUUCGUAAGAACCAAGAAAGGUUGGAUAAAAAAAAUAAAAAAAAGAUGUAGCUACUUAGUACUAUCACUCAGUUGAAAUUUGGAACAAAAAAAUAUUGAUGCAAAAUUCGAAUUUAUGAAUUCUGAAUAAAUCGCGGUAUCCAUGAUAUUGCUAAAUCCAUAUCAUGGCGCGGCACAAUACCGGUUUUUACUAUCAAACCGGUAUAUCGCCCACUCCUAGGAGAGAGGUAACUGGGGAGAAGGUGGACUGGACUAAGGCAGGCGUGCAGGCAGAGGGGGCUGUAGCCUGUGGGGUUUCUGUCUGUCAAACCCAAUUUCUUGGGGAAAUUGGUGGAAUAUUGCAGUUCAACCCAGGUGAUGUAAUACAUCCCUCUGAAGGUUGAUGUCACUUUUGGUCUCUUCAUCAUGAAUGUAGUGGGCAGUGAAUGUGCCAGUGAGUCAGCAUCCGUAUACUCACUCCAUCACAACGGUUCUGACUGAGGCAAGACCUCAAGAUACAGUUUUCUGAAGAACUACAAAAUGCUUUUCUUCCUCAGAGAAUAGCCUAGAUUUUAAUGGUGUUGCUUUUGAGACAAGCUUGAAGAAUUUGGUGUUUGUUUUAUCUUGUAACAAAAGGUAUAUGUCCACACACUAAAAGCGGUCAAAAUGUGGUCAGAUAGAACUCAGAGAAUUCCCUCGCGGAUGAGAUGGGAUCGAUUAGCUGUCCGAGAAAUCAGUUUAUUGUAGCUUUCUCUGAGGCAGAAGACAAAUCAAUUCUGGGGAGUUGUUUUCCUUAUCUUGAGCCAAGGUGAUGACGGCUGUGUGGGCUAGGAUUGUCUGACUCUGUAGUGCUGGCUACAAUAGGCCUCAGUCAGAUGGCUAUCAGGAAGGUUUUUAUUCACUAAGCACAUCUGCUCGGCUCUGCUCUUCACAGUUUACACACAGACCUCAUGACAUAGAAUGGGAUUGCAAAGACCGGACCAACUGUCCUGGGAAGAAGCCAUUUUUCGUCAGCAGCUGUUUUGUUUCCACUGAAAGAGAUUUAUUGAUUUAUGGUCCAGAUUUUUUUUUUAAGAAUUUUCACGCCUCAUAACUUGUCCUGCACUGAUCAUUGAUCUGCUUUAUAGUGCGUAUGAGCUACUUGCAUAGCAUAGCAUUAUUUGCAAAUAAGUACAGUACAAUGUUCAUCAUAGAAAUGGAUUGAAAUGUGGGUUCAAAAGUUACCUUUUAAAAUGAUUUGAAAUGGGUACUCGUCAUCUCUUGGCUGCUGAAACAAGGUAAGUCCCAAGGGGUCUCAUAGUCAAAUAUCUCAGACUCCAAACGCUAUUACAUUUUCAGAGUUUGGAAGAGUAACCCUCCAAAUAUGUGGCCUGCGGGCAGGUUUUGUUUGACAUUUGGUUUGUACAGCGAAUCUGUCACAGACGCAAACGUUGGUGUUUUGAGGAUCUGGCUACUAAGUAAAGUGAACCGUGUUCGUGAUGAGCAAAUGUCUAUUUGCUUUUGUGUUGUUGGCUCUGUACUGAAAUGAGCAAACACUGCAUGGGUAUAUUGUCCACCCGCCAAUACAAAUAGACACUGUCAGGUCCAUAAUUGUUGGCACCCUUGAUAAAGAUCGUAUGAAGUAAAAAAUACAAAUACUGAGCUAUGUUGUAUGCUCAAAAAAAAUUGGGAAAUUAUACUGAACAAAAAUAUAAAUGCAACAUGCAACUAUUUCAAAUAUUUUACUGAGUUACAGUUCAUAUAAGGAAAUCAGUCAAAUUAAAUGAAUUCAUUAGGCCCUAAUCUAUGGAUUUCACAUGACUGAGCAGGGGUGCAGCCAUGGGAGGGCACAGGCCCACCCACUUGGUAGCCAGGCCCACCCACUGGGGAGCCAGGCCCAGCCAAUCAGAAUGAGUUUUUCCCCACAAAAAUCAACAUUUUGCAAUGGCCAUCUCAGUCUCCGGACUUGAACCCAAUUGAAAACCUGUGGUUUGAAUUGAAGAGGGCAGUCCAUAAGAACAGACAAAGGAUAUCAAGGAUCUGGAAAGAUUCUGUAAGGAGGAAUGUUCUAAGAUCCCUCCCAAUGUGUUCUCCAAUCUCAUCAAACAUGAUGGGGGAGGGUGCUAGAGUAUUGAAAACAGGGUUGCCAAUAAUCAAUUUUUUUAUAUUACUUGUUAAACAAAAUCUCUUCUGAGCAAUUUUAUUAGUAUAAAAUAAUACAAUUCCCCAUUUGAGCAUACAAUAUAACUCAGAAUGUGCAUUUAUUUUAAACAGUCUUGUUUGCUCAUCUUUAUCAAGGGUGCCAAUAAUUAUGGACUACGUUUUGAUACAGAGUUAUGCAAUAUUAGAAUCUUAGCAUCACUAACAUUAUCUGUGGUCUACCCACAGUGCAUAUUAAUUCCAUUCAGGCCACAUUGGAGGCUGUUUUGCCGUCGCCCAUAUUAACCACCAAAUAAUUAAUUUUUCUGUCCUUCUCUAUCAAUUGAAGGCCUUUGUAAUGUAUUAGUUUAUUUGGAUCCCCAUUUAGCUUUUGCAGAAGCAUCAGCUACUCUUCCUACGGUCCACAAAAAACAUGACGUAACAAAACACUGAUACACUGAUAGACAAGGACAGUCACACAUUUAAAAUACGAGAUACAAACAAUACAACUAAAAAAUAAUACAAACAGUACUACAAGAGUGUGUGUUUGUGUGUCCCCCCACAGUCCCCGCUGUUCCUUGAGAGAGGUUGUUUAAUCAAUUUUUUAAAGGUAAUUUUGCUGUUUGCUUAAGUAAUUGUAGAUGGAAAGAAGUUCCUUGCAAUCGAAUUAAGUCUAAUUUUAUUUGUUGCAUGCGCCGAAUAAAACCGGUGUAGACUUUACCGUGAAAUGCUUCCUUACGAGCCCUUUCCCAACAAUGCAAAAAUAAAAAGUAAAACUAAUUAGCUAAACAUUUAAAAAGGAAAUAGUAGCACAAUAAAAUAACAAUAACGAGGCUAUAUACAAGGAGUACCGGUACCGAGUCAAUGUGCAGGGGGUAAUUGAGGUAAAAUGUACAAUUAGAUAGGGGUAAAAGUGACUAGGCAAUUCAGGAUAGAUAAUGAACAGAGUAGCAGCAGAGGAUGUGAAAGUGUGUGUGUGUGUGUGUUGGAGUGUCAGUGUAGUAUGUGUGGGUAGAGUCCAGUGAGUGUGCAUAGAGCCAGUGCAAGAGAGCCAGUGCAAAAAAAAAGGUGGGGUCAAUGGAAAUAGUCCGGGUAGCCAUUUGAUUAACUGUUCAGCAGUUUUAUGGCUUGGGGGUAGAAGCUGUUCAGGAGCGUUUUAGUCCCAGACUUGGCGCUAUUGUAGAGCAGAGGUAGAACAGGACAGAGGAAGAGAUCUAACUAGAAGUGAAACCCACCCCACUUAAAUGGCACCCUAUUCCCUAUAUAGUGCACUACUUUUGACCAUAUUUAUGGGCCCUGGUCAAAGGUAGUGCACUAUAUAGGGAAUAGGGUGCCAUUUUGGAUACAGACACAGUGUCUACCAAAGUCCUGGAGGAUCGCAGGCUAUGCAUUUAGAUGAGUGUUAAUACUGAGCCUGCCCGCUGACUGGCUGUCUGGACACAGUAUUGUUGAGUUAGUGAGCACUGAGCAGGGGAGCAGCUCUGCUCUGGAAAAGGGAGACUAUUUUAUUUUCCCUUAUCUUUCCUCCUUCCCUUGUCUGAAUCAAACAGUGGGCUUUACUCUUUCGCCUCCGCUCUGUCGACGAAUCAAUCUCUGUCUAUCAUUAUAUUACUACCCCUUUAGACCUCUUAGCACAGCUUUAUCAUGCUGUCUACACUUUUGUUCUCCCAAUCUCUUUCUCUCUCUGAGAUUGUGAUAGCUGGCUCUCCAAUCAGAGAGUGGGACUGUAUGUAGUCUCCUAGCUGUAACGAGCCACAGGUCUAAUCACUUAUUAUUGAUAUCACUUAUUAUUGAUACACUACAUGACCAAAAGUAUGUGGACACCUGCUCGUCGAAAAACUCAUUCCAAAGUCAUGGGCAUUAAUAUGCAGUUGGUCCCCCAUUUGCUGCUAUAACCUGCCUCCACUCUUCUGGAAAGGCUUUCCAUUAGAUGUUGGAACAUUGCUGUGGGGACUUGCUUCCACUCAGCCACGAGCAUUAGGCCUGGCUCGCAGUCGGCGUUCCAAUUCAUCCCAAAGAUUUCCCUUCACUGGAACUAAGGAGCUUAGCCCGAACCAUGAAAAACAGACCCAGACCAUUAUUCCUCCUCCAUCAAACGUUAUAGUUUACACUAUGCAUUGGGGCAGGUAGCGUUCUCCUGGCAUCCGCCAAACAGUGUGAUUCAUCACUCCAGAGAACGCGUUUCCACUGCUCCAGAGGCCAAUGGCAGCAAGCUUUACACCACUCCAGCCGACGCUUGGCGAUGCGCAUGGUGAUCUUAGGCUUGUGUGUGGCUGCUCGGCCAUGGAAACCCAUUUCAUGAAGCUCCCGACAAACAGUUAUUGUGCUGACGUUACUUCCAGAGGCAGUUUGGAACUCAGUAGUGAGUGUUGCAACCGAGGACACAAUUAAAAAAUACUUUGAAUUUUCAAAAUGGUAGGCAUGUUGUGUAAAUCAAAUGAUACAAACCCUCAACAAAUCCAUUUUAAUUCCAGGUUGUAAGGCAACAAAAUAGGAAAAAUGCCAAGGGGGGUUGAAUACUUUCGCAAGCCACUGUAUACUUACCUAAAAAAAAAAUGGAUCUUCUAUUACGGUAUUUGAAUGUUUGGUUUGCUAAAUGUGUAUACGCCGUAUGUAACGUCCAUUUUUAUAGUUUACUCCGCUACUUGAGUCAUCUCUCUCCAUGCCGCUUCCCACACAUACCUAGCCCCGCCCCGUGUCACUCAAGGAGCGCAUUUGUUGUUCCUCGACCACGAGACACUUUCGUUAAGUCUGCAUGGUCAAUACAGCACAUACAACCAUGUUGAUGACAACGAUGUUGUUUUCAGUUUGCUUCUUAAUAUAAAUCCACUAGCGUUCUAUCAUUACACUAUUAGUUUGUGUUUCUUACAUCUGCAAAUGGCUAGUUUGUCUUUUCUUAGCAAGUUGGGCCUAAAUCAUGUUAGCCGCUUAUGCUAAUCGCUGGUUAGCUGGCUAGCUAGCUAAUAAAUGUACUGAAUUAGAGCAAACGUAACUAGCUAUACAGCCUGAUAAUACCAGUGAUGGUGUAGACCUAAUUCAGCAUGUUGUUUGUGCAACCGUAACUUCUAAAUCAAAGAGGAAUAUGCGAAUCAUGAAUAUGUAAGCUACAUGAAGUAGCUAAGAGAAAACAUUCAAUGUAGCCAAAUAUUAUAGGGUCCCCUAGGAAACACUUAUAAACGCUUAGGUUCCUACUAGGGCUGCACGAUAUAUCGUUUCAGCAUCGACAUUGCGAUGUAUGCAUCCGCAAUAGUCACAUCGCAGAACAUGCGAUUUAGUAAGGUAAACAUAUAUCAGUCUACAAUAUAUAUAUAUAUAUGUUUUUUUUUUAAUGUUAAACUAGCAUUAUAUCUGUCUGAUAUAAUGUAAUUUACUCAGAUUUAUGGGUUAUUGGAUACACAGUUUAUUAUUAUUAUUAUUAUUUUAAACACGGAGUUCGUUGUUGCACGUGGUUGCGAGGAACAGGCAAAAAAGACAGAAAUUGAGAAUGUGGUUGCAAAAAGAAAUGCAUCGUCAAUGAUAUGGAAAUAUUUCGGCUACAGACAGGAUGAUGUUGACCAAAAACAGGUACUUUGUCGAGAGUGCCUUGCAAUUGUUGCCGCAACACGACCAAUUUGUUCGAUCAUUUAAGGCGGCACCACAAGUCUUCAUAUGACGAGUGCAAAGCAUCUCAAAGCCCUCCAAAGCAAAAAUAUAUUUUGGAUGCCUUUGCCAGUAUUACACCAUACGAGAAAGGUUCCAAACGGCAGAGAGAAAUCACAGAUUCAAUAACAUUUCAUGUCGCCAAAGACAUGGUACCAAUUAACACGGUUACCAAAGAGGGUUUUAAAAACAUGAUCCGGUCGCUUGACAAGCGGUAUGUAAUGUAUUCACGCAACUAUUUUUCUCAAGUUGCCAUCCCAGAGUUGUACGAGAAAUGCAAGGCACAAAUUGAAACAGAGCUGUCACAAGUGGAAUAUUAUACAGCAACAACGGACUUGUGGUCCAGCCGGACAACGGAGCCCUACAUAAGUCUGACCGUACACUUUAUUAAUGAGGACUUCCACCUAAAAAGUCGCUGAGGAUCAUACAUACAGUGGGGAAAAAAGUAUUUAGUCAGCCACCAAUUGUGCAAGUUCUCCCACUUAAAAAGAUGAGAGAGGCCUGUAAUUUUCAUCAUAGGUACACGUCAGCUAUGACAGACAAAAUGAGGGGGAAAAAAUCCAGAAAAUCACAUUGUAGGAUUUUUAAUGAAUUUAUUUGCAAAUUAUGGUGGAAAAUAAGUAUUUGGUCAAUAACAAAAGUUUGUCAAUACUUUGUUAUAUACCCUUUGUUGGCAAUGACACAGGUCAAACGUUUUCUGUAAGUCUUCACAAGGUUUUCACACACUGUUGCUGGUAUUUUGGCCCAUUCCUCCAUUCAGAUCUCCUCUAGAGCAGUGAUGUUUUGGGGCUGUCGCUGGGCAACACAGACUUUCAACUCCCUCCAAAGAUUUUCUAUGGGGUUGAGAUCUGGAGACUGGCUAGGCCACUCCAGGGCCUUGAAAUGCUUCUUACGAAGCCACUCCUUCGUUGCCCGGGCGGUGUGUUUGGGAUCAUUGUCAUGCUGAAAGACCCAGCCACGUUUCAUCUUCAAUGCCCUUGCUGAUGGAAGGAGGUUUUCACUCAAAAUCUCAAGAUACAUGGCCCCAUUCAUUCUUUCCUUUACACGGAUCAGUCGUCCUGGUCCCUUUGCAGAAAAACAGCCCCAAAGCAUGAUGUUUCCACCCCCAUGCUUCACAGUAGGUAUGGUGUUCUUUGGAUGCAACUCAGCAUUAUUUGUCCUCCAAACACGACGAGUUGAGUUUUUACCAAAAAGUUCUAUUUUGGUUUCAUCUGACCAUAUGACAUUCUCCCAGUGCUCUUCUGGAUCAUCCAAAUGCACUCUAGCAAACUUCAGACGGGCCUGGACAUGUACUGGUUUAAGCAGGGGGACAAGUCUGGCACUGCAGGAUUUGAGUCCCUGGCGGCGUAGUGUGUUACUGAUGGUAGGCUUUGUUACUUUGGUCCCAGCUCUCUGCAGGUCAUUCACUAGGUCCCCCCGUGUGGUUCUGGGAUUUUUGCUCACCGUUCUUGUGAUCAUUUUGACCCCACGGGGUGAGAUCUUGCGUGGAGCCCCAGAUCGAGGGAGAUUAUCAGUGGUCUUGUAUGUCUUCCAUUUCCUAAUAAUUGCUCCCACAGUUGAUUUCUUCAAACCAAGCUGCUUACCUAUUGCAGAUUCAGUCUUCCCAGCCUGGUGCAGGUCUACAAUUUUGUUUCUGGUGUCCUUUGACAGCUCUUUGGUCUUGGCCAUAGUGGAGUUUGGAGUGUGACUGAGGUUGUGGACAGGUGUAUUUUAUACUGAUAACAAGUUCAAACAGGUGCCAUUAAUACAGGUAACGAGUGGAGGACAGAGGAGCCUCUUAAAGAAGAAGUUACAGGUCUGUGAGAGCCAGAAAUCUUGCUUGUUUUGUAGGUGACCAAAUACUUAUUUUCCACCAUAAUUUGCAAAUAAAUUCAUAAAAAAUCCUACAAUGUGAUUUUCUGGAAAAUAAAUUCUCAAUUUGUCUGUCAUAGUUGACGUGUACCUAUGAUGAAAAUUACAAGCUUCUCUCAUCUUUUUAAGUGGGAGAACUUGCACAAUUGGUGGCUGACUAAAUACUUUUUUCCCCCACUGUACAUCCUGUAUUUUUUAUAUCGCAAUAUACAGUGAGGGGAAAAAAGUAUUUGAUGCCCUGCUGAUUUUGUACGUUUGCCCACUGACAAAGACAUGAUCAGUCUAUAAUUUUAAUGUUAGGUUUAUUUGAACAGUGAGAGACAGAAUACAUAAAAAAUCCAGAAAAACGCAUGUCAAAAAUGUUAUAAAUUGAUUUGCAUUUUAAUUAGGGAAAUACCCCUCUGCAAAACAUGACUUAGUACUUGGUGGCAAAACCCUUGUUGGCAAUCACAGAGGUCAGACGUUUCUUGUAGUUGGCCACAAGGUUUGCACACAUCUCAGGAGGGAUUUUGUCCUACUCCUCUUUGCAGAUCUUCUCCAAGUCAUUAAGGUUUCGAGGCUGACGUUUGGCAACUCAAACCUUCAGCUCCCUCCACAGAUUUUCUAUGGGAUUAAGGUCUGGAGACUGGCUAGGCCACUCCAGGACCUUAAUGUGCUUCUUCUUGAGCCACUCCUUUGUUGCCUUGGCUGUGUGUUUUGGGUCAUUGUCAUGCUGGAAUACCCAUCCACAACCCAUUUUCAAUGCCCUGGCUGAGGGAAGGUUCUCACCCAAGAUUUGACGGUACAUGGCCCCGUCCAUCGUCCCUUUGAUGCGGUGAAGUUGUCCUGUCCCCUUAGCAUAAAAACACCCCCAAAGCCUAAUGUUUCCACCUCCAUGUUUGACGGUGGGGAUGGUGUUCUUGGGGUCAUAGGCAGCAUUCCUCCUCCUCCAAACACGUUGAGUUGAUGCCAAAGAGCUUGAUUUUGGUCUAGUCUGACCACAACACUUUCACCCAGUUCUCCUCUGAAUCAUUCAGAUGUUCAUUGGCAAACUUCAGACGGCCCUGUAAAUGUGCUUUCUUGAGCAGGGGGACCUUGCGGGCGCUGCAGGAUUUCAGUCCUUCACGGCGUAGUGUGUUACCAAUUGUUUUCUUGGUGACUAUGGUCCCAGCUGCCUUGGGAUCAUUGACAAGAUACUCCCGUGUAGUUCUGGGCUGAUUCCUCACCGUUCUCAUGAUCAUUGCAACUCCACGAGGUGAGAUCUUGCAUGGAGCCCCAGGCCGAGGGAGAUUGACAGUUAUUUUGUGUUUCUUCCAUUUGCGAAUAAUCGCACCAACUGUUGUCACCUUCUCACCAAGCUGCUUGGCGAUGGUCUUGUAGCCCAUUCCAGCCUUGUGUAGGUCUACAAUCUUGUCCCUGACAUCCUUGGAGAGCUCUUUGGUCUUGGCCAUGGUGGAGAGUUUGGAAUCUGAUUGAUUGAUUGCUUCUGUGGACAGGUGUCUUUUAUACAGGUAACAAACUGAGAUUAGGAGCACUCCCUUUAAGAGUGUGCUCCUAAUCUCAGCUCGUUACCUAUAUAUAAGACACCUGGGAGCCAGAAAUCUUUCUGAUUGAGAGGGGGUCAAAUACUUAUUUCCCUCAUUAAAAUGCAAAACAAUUUAUAACAUUUUUGACAUGCGUUAUUCUGGAUUUUUUUGUUCUUAUUCUGUCUCUCACUGUUCAAAUAAACCUACCAUUAAAAUGAUAGACUGAUCAUUUCUUUGUCAGUGGGCAAACGUACAAAAUCAGCAGGGGAUCAAAUACUUUUUUCCCUCACUGUAUAUCGCAGAAAAACAAAAUAUCGCAAUGUAUUUCCAAUAUCGUGCAACCCUAGUUCCUACCAAUGUUCCCUCAAAUAUUUGGGGGCACUGAGCAAAUGUUUGGUCUUGUGAGUGGACAGUUGAACGUUGUGAGAAUUUUGUGCAACUUCCGGUGCGCGUUUACAGUGAACACUGAGGCUGUACCCUUACAGUUUUAGACAGUAGCCAAUAGGCUAUUGUGGCUAUUUGAGCAUAAUAUAGGCUUAUCAGAAUGGCCUACCAAGAAGUCCAAUGGAGCAAAUCCCAUAACAUUUUCACAUGUAAAUAGAUUUAUAUGAUAUUGCCUACAUUAGCCUAUAUGUGGUUUUCAAUGCAGGCCAACAUUGCAUGAGACUUUUAAAAACAUAUUUUUUACAUUAUACAGGGCUUGACAUUAACUCAUGAUUUUUUACUUGGUCUGUAACACCAUGGGCCAAAUAGGUGACUGUAAAUGUCAUUGUAUUGUGUUGUAUGAUGCAAGAAACCACUUUACAAAAUAUAAUUGAUUAUUAUGGUCAUACAGAGAAUUAGACAAUGUAGGCUACCCCUCUGCCUAUUGGCUUAUUUGCACAUUCAAGCCUGUCUAAAAAUGCAACACUGCCCCUUUAAUUAAGACAAUCUUUUUACCUGACUUGCUUUUCAAAGACAGCUUGAAAUGUAGCCUACACGUUUUGUGCUUGAGUAGGAAGAAGUAACUCCCUAUAGCUGACCUAUUCUUACCUACAGUGCCUUCGAAAAGUAUUCAGACCCCUUGACUUUUUCCACUUUUUGUUACGUUACAGCCUUAUUCUAACAUUAUUUAAAUAAAUAAAUCUUAUCAAUCUACACACUACCCCAUAAUGACAUAACAAAAACAGGAUUUUAGAAAUAUUUGCAAAUGAAUAAAAAAUAACAGAAACCUUAUUUACAUAAGUAUUCAGACCCUUUGCUACGAGACUCGAAAUUGAGGUCAGGUGCAUCCUGUUUCCAUUGAUCAUCCCUGAAAAGUUUCUACAACUUGAUUGGAGGCCACCUGUGGUAAAUACAAUUGAUUGGACAUGAUUUGGAAAGGCACACACCUGUCUAUAUAAGGUCCCACAGUUGACGGUGCAUGUCAGAGCCUUGAGGUCUAAGGAAUUGUCCGUAGAGCUCUGAGACAGGAUUGUGUUGAGGCACAGAUCUGGGGAAGGGUACAAAAAAAUGUCUGCAGCAUUAAAGGUCCCCAAGAACUCAGUGGCCUCCAUCUCUUCAAGACUCUUCCUAAAGCUGGCCGCCCGGCCAAACUGAGCAAUCGGGGGAGAAGGGCCUUGGUCAGGGAGAGGACCAAGAACCCGAUGGUCAUUCUGACAGAGCUCCAGAGUUCCUCUGUUGAGAUGGGACAACCUUCCAGAAGGACAACCAUCUCUGCAGUACUCCACCAAUCAGGUCUUUAUGGUAGAGUGCCCAGACGGAAGUCACGUCUCAGUAAAAGGCACAUGACAACCCGCUUGGAGUUUGCCAAAGGCACCUAAAGGACUCUGACCAUGAGACAUUUUUUUAUCUGGUCUGAUGAAACCAAGAUUGAACUCUUUGGCCUGAAUGCCAAGUGUCACGUCUGGAAGAAACCUGGCACCAUCCCUACGGUGAAGCAUGGUGAUGGCAGGAUCAUGCUGUGCGGAUGUUUUUCAGCAGCAGGGACUGGGAGACUAGUCAGGAUCGAGGGAAAGAUGAACGGAGCAAAGUACAGAGAGAUCCUUGAUGAAAACCUGCUCCAGAGCGCUCAGGAUCUCAGACUGGGGCGAAAGUUCACCUUCUAACAGGACAACGACCCUAAGCACACAGCCAAGACAACGCAGGAGUGGCUUCAGGACAAGUCUGAAUGUCCUUGAGUGGUCCAGCCAGAGCCCGGACUUGAACCUGAUCAAACAUCUCUGGAGAGACCUGAAAAUGGCUGCGCAGCGACGCUCCCCAUCCAACCUGACAGAGCUUUAGAGGAUCUGCAGAGAAGAAUGGGAGAAACUCCCCAAAUACAGGUGUGCCAAGCUUGUAGCGUCAUACCCAAGAAGACUCAAGGCUGUAAUCGCUACCAAAGGUGCUUCAAUAAAUUACUGAGUAAAGGGUCUGAAUACUUAUGUAAAUUUGCUAAAAUGUCUAAAAACCUGUUUUGCUUUGUUAUUAUGGGGUAUUGUGUGUAGAUUGAUGAGAGAAAAAAAUAACAAUUUAAUCCAUUUUAGAAUAAGGCUGUAAUGUAACUGUGGAAAAAGUGAAGUUGUAUGAAUACUUUCCGAAUGCACUGUAUAUGUUGGUUUCUGAUGGGGAAAGACCGUUGCUCAUAACUCAUUUCUAAGUUACAUUCAUCAAGAAUCAAUGGCUAUACACUACCGGUCAAAAGUUUUCGAACACCUAUUCAUUCAAGGUUUUUUUUUUUUUUUUUUUUUUUUUUUUUUACCAUUUUCUACAUUGUAGAAUAAAGGUGAAGACAUCAAAACUAUGAAAUAACAGAUAUGGAAUGAUGUAGUAUCCAAAAAAGUGUUAAACAAAUCAAAAUAUAUUUUAGAUUUUAGAUUCUUCAAAUAGCCACCCUUUGCCUUGAUGACAGCUUUGCACACUCUUGGCAUUCUCUCAACCAGCUUCAUGAGGUAGUCACCUGGAAUGCAUUUCAAUUAACAGGUGUGCCUUCUUAAAAGUUAAUUUGUUGACUAUCUUUCCUUCUUAAUGCAGUUACGGGGGGUAUACAGAAGGUAGCCCUAUUUGGUAAAAGACAAAGUCCAUAUCAUGGCAAGAACUGUAGUUGUCACUUUUGCCUUAUGGCAAGGUGCUCCAUCGUGCUGGAAAAGGUAUUGUUCAUCAUCAAACUGUUCUUGGAUGGUUGGGAGAAGUUGCUCUCGGAGGAUGUGUUGGUACAAUUCUUUAUUUAUGGCUGUGUUCUUAGGCAAAAUUGUGAGUGAGCCCACUCCCUUGGCUGAGAAGCAACCCCACACAUGAAUGGUCUCAGGAUGCUUUACUGUUGUCAUGACACAUGACUGAUGGUAGCGCUCACCUUGUCUUCUCCGGACAAGCUUUUUUCCGGAUGCCCCAAACAAUCGGAAAGGGGAUUCAUCAGAGAAAAUGACUUUACCCCAGUCCUCAUCAAUCCAAUCCCUGUACCUUUUGCAGAAUAUCAGUCUGUCCCAGAUGUUUUUCCUGGAGAGAAGUGGCUUCAUUGCUGCCCUUCUUGACACCAGGCCAUCCUCCAAAACUCUUCGCCUCACUGUGCGUGCAGAUGCACUCACACCUGCCUGCUGCCAUUCCUGAGCAAGCUCUGCACUGGUGGUGCCCCGAUCCCGCAGCUGAAUCAACUUUAGGAGAUGGUCCUGGCGCUUGCUGGACUUUCUUGGGCGCCCUGAAGCCUUUUUCACAACAAUUGAACCUCUCUCCUUGAAGUUCUUGAUGAUCCGAUAAAUGGUUGAUUUAGGUGCAAUCUUACUAGCAGCAAUAUCCUUACCUGUGAAGCCCUUUUUGUGCAAAGCAAUGAUGACGGCACGUGUUUCCUUGCAGGUAACCAUGGUUAACAGAGGAAGAACAAUGAUUUCAAGCACCACCCUCCUUUUAAAUCUUCCAGUCUGUUAUUCUAACUCAAUCAGCAUGACAGAGUGAUCUCCAGCCUUGUCCUCGUCAACACUCUCACCUGUGUUAACGAGAGAAUCACUGACAUGAUGUCAGCUGGUCCUUUUGUGGCAGAGCUGAAAUGCAGUGGAAUUUGUUGGGGGGGGAUUAAGUUCAUUUUCAUGGAGUAUAUGCAAAUUGCCAUCAUAAAAACUGAGGCAGCAGACUUUGUGAAAAUUAAUAUUUGUGGCAUUCUCAAAACUUUUGACCACGACUGUAUAUCUGUUAUGAUGCCCAAAAAGCAGAGUGUUGUUUUAGUGACUCAAAGAUUAGAGUACUUUAGUCUCCAAAGAGAAACGACUAAGGCUCCUUAUUCAUUCUGAAUAUCUCUUCAAUAUCUCUUCAAGCUGUAAGGUGCCCAAAAGGUAGAGUUGUUUUAGUGACUCAGUGUGUCUGGGCUGUUUUCCUUCCUCAGGAGGACACUGUUAUCUGCAGACCGUGGGUGUUCUGGGGUUUGUGAGCUACUCAAAAGGUUUACUACUAGGCUACUUUAGUUUGCCCUCUCAGCAUAUUUUGUCUUUGCAAUGUUGACACAAUACUUAUUUAAAGUUAGCCAGCAGAAGGCAUUAUCUGCUGCUGUUUAUUGUGCUUGCUAUUCUCCACGGUAGCAUUGGUCAGCUCAUUGAAUAGCUUCCUCUUUUAUAAUAGCAGGAUAUUUACCAUGGGGUCUAAGUGGAAAGUUACUUCUUCCUGAGGGGAGAGGAACACAGAAACCUGAUAGAGGUCUUGCAGUUCAUUUCAAGACUUCCUCUACAUUUUAAUUUCCCAACCUGCGCAUUAUUAAUGGACAAAUGUAUGAUCUUGUUUUCUAUGAUACAACCUAUUGGGGGAAUAGAUUGCAUUGUGAAACAUUUAUAUUUAAGCCUUGAUGAUUACCGUAGACGUUUGAUCAUACUUUCCCAGGUUGUUGUGGUUUGGGAAUACACCUCUAACACUUAGAACCACCUGAGACGUGACACAAUCCUCAGAACUUGAGGAGCGGGUGGCAGGUAGGUAGCCGAGCGGUUGGAGUGUUAGGUCAGUAACCGGAAGGUCGCUGGUUCGAAUACCCGAGCCAACAACGUGAAAAAUGUGUCUGUGCCCUUGAGCAAGGCACUCAACCCUAAUUUGCUCCAGGGACGCCGUACUGCUGUGUCUGACCCUGUAAAACAACACAUUUCACUGCACCCUUCUUAUUUAUUUAUUUUAGUUUCCAUGGCAGCAGCCAUAUUGAGAGUAUACCAUUAGCACCCCAGGGAAAGGAGGUGUACGUACGUGAUCUAACCCUGAUGGGGUCUGAGUGAGUCAGGCAGGAGAGAGUAUGUCACAUCCUGUCAGCUCUCUGGAGACAGCCCACGACCUGGAGCCGCACCUGACAGCCAUCUGGCUGCUGUUGUACUCGUUGACACUCCACACAAACGCAAACACUUAAACCACAGACACACACACACACACACACACACACACACACAGUCACAUACACAAACAUCACAAGCGUAAAUGGCACUCACACACACACACACACACACACACAAAUAGCACACACACACAAACAUACACAAACACAGUGACACCAGUCAACUGGGAUUAGGUUUAGCGCCUCAAAGUACACUUUUUGUCCAAUUUUGUCAAGUUUUUCUCUAAAUUCGGUUGAGUGUAUAUAAUUAUUUUUCAUUUCUCUUUUUAGAAGCCUGUAAAAUGACCUGAGAGCAGGUUGAGUUGAAAUAUAAAAAAAAAAAGAGUGAGAUACUGUUGGUAUUUAUUCCAGCCAGGUAGUUUACUUUAAUUGCCUGUGUGAUGUUUGUGUUUUUCAGGGGGAAAGCAGCAAUGGGCCCGGCCAGUUUGACAUGUCCCUGUAUGAGAACUCCUUCUACCUGUUCUGGCUCCUGGAGCAGCUCCUUCAGGUCCGACAAGGACCUCCAGGGGCCACAGGGGGGACUGGACACCACUGGAGCCCAGAGCAGAAGGCCCUUCUGGGCCGGCUGGAGCAUAGCGUCUUGCUCCUGUCCGAUGACUUCCCUCUGUACGCCCUCUACAUGUGGAGGAUAGGGGCUCUCCUCGCCCCCUCCUCCGACAUCAACAACACCCAGACCUGA